AUGCUUGGAAGGAAUUGUGUCACUGGAAACUAUUUAUCUGAGAAGAAUACCUGCUCUUCUGCUGAAAAAGUUCAAAUAUCAGACAUUUUUCAGAGGAGGCAAAAGCCAUCAGAAGUAAGGAUGAGCAGAUUCCCUGUCCAACAGGUCUAUAGGGCUACAGUGUAGCUUUGUUCACCAGCAGCCAGAACUAGAUAAUGUCUGCAGAACCGAUUACCCCACAAUAUCUUAGUAUCAUAAAGAUACAGAGGUCAGCCAACAUGGCAAAGAAUUGGAUAGGUGAAAGACAACUUCAAUAUCAAAUUUUUAUCAAUCGAACUAGACUAUUCUCAGCUGUGGACUCACAUGCACAUAUCUUAUUGAACAUCCUAGGUGCCAUAAUAUGUCCUAUAAUAAAGUGUUAAAAAAAACUAUGAUGGCAACACUAGAAAAGGUCAUGUUAAGGGAGAACACAAAACACUGCCUUUGGAAGCACCUCCAGUGGCCAUUGUCCCUAGGGGGCAAUGUAAAAACUGCCUUUAUUCUGAAAAGGCAGUGUUUGCAUUAAAAUGCCUGCAGGCAAUUAUUAUACUCACCAGAACAACUACAUUAAGCUGUGGAUGGUCAGGAAAACCCUGGUCACCUGUGCAAGUUGUAAGAAUAUGAAAAUGGUGAUGUUAUAGGAAGAGAAAGGAGUAAAACUUAAUAUAAAAGACUGGUCUCCAAGCAUAAAAUAUAUAUUUCUGCCUGGAUUGGAUGCUUUGUUUUUUUUAUGGGGGUGCAAUACAUUUACAAACCGAAAAACCAUGUACCAUUUCACAUCUCACUUUCUUUCUGCAGCUCCGGUGCCAAUGUGUGGACGCCAGGUUUAAUCAGAAAAAUCGGGAUAUAUUUAUCUACGCAAAAUAUUUUUUCUAUUGAUACUUUAAAGGUAAGGGUUGGAUAGAGAAAAUAAGAAAGAGAAUAUAGUAGACAAAGAAUAAAAAUAUACUGUGCCUGUGUAAAAUGUAUACAGGAAUGAAAAAAAGAGAAUCCGAGCUCUCGAGUAGGGUGAUCGCACAAGCUAUAAUUGCAGUAAGGUAUAAAUGAUAACGUUUCCACUAUGCAAUUUUUUUUAAAUGUGCAAAAUGUAUAAUCAUAUACAAUCCUAUUUAUUUAUUUAAAAUCAUUAUGUGUGACGGGGUUUAUUUUGUAUCUUUGUUAUAUCCCCUAUGUUCACCAAAGACGUCCGUGAAUAACUACCUUGAUCAUAUCUCUGAAGAUCCCAAGUUUCUCAUGACAGAAUUGCGGAAACUUGACUCACAGCAGUUCCAGUUGACGAUGAAAUACCUCUUUGGUGGAAAGAAAGAGCAUUUUGUGAGUAAAAGCAAACCUAAGAAUCAUUGACAUUUUAUGUUAAACUAAUAGCAAAAUGGGAAGUUGUCUUGGUGCCUGAAUCAGCAUGUCUCUUCUUCUGCUCUCUACCUAAGUAUUUUACCUUUCCGCUACAAUGCCUGUAUGACUUCAUACCCAAUUACUUGGAAACUCCAAACAAGCAACCUUCAGAUAUAACUUUAUAAAGACAUAACUUUAUUUUAUAUUGUGUGGUCAAUGUUAUUAAAUAUUUAAACACUCUACAAUUUUUGUGUGUGCAUGCAUUACCUGCUUGCAUUUUGAUUAUGUUUUUUUUUCACAUUUAUUCUUUUUGCGUGUCACAAGAAAUACAUUCAUCACGAAUAAUCGAUAGUGUACAAAUACACCUGGUUAAUAGCUAAAGUUACACAUAUAAUGAAGUGACCCUAUUUUAUAGCAACAUUUCUCUAGUACAUGAUCCCAACCUUUUAUCAACAUCUCAAUCUAUAUAAAAAGUGUAAGCAGAGGGCUCGGUCAGCUGAACUAACGUGUACAUGAAAAACAACAUGUGCUAAAGAGCUAAAUGGCACAUUAGGUGAAUAUAUACGGGGGUGAGCUCAUCUCAUAUAAGACGCAGCUCAGUCCUUGGCAAGGUUCCCCUUGACACAAAUUGGGUAACAGGCAGGGCAUAUCAGUUCUGAAGAAGACUCCACCGGCAGACCCAGUAACCUAAGUAAAGUUGAUGCUUCCAAAAUUUGUCUGAGUAUGUGCGCCUUGCUAUUUACUGCCAUGAGAGAAUGCGGGCCCCACUUAUUGGGAAUAUCAUUGCCCCUGACCAAGUGAGUAAUUUACCUAAGCGACUGUCUCCAUAUCGUAGUUUGCCGGGAUAAGUCCCUAAAACUUAAGCUCUAGCAGCCGCUAUAAGAGCACCCUUAUCAGAGUCAAAGCAGAGCAUUACAUCCUUGGGGCAUCUUGUGGUGCCUUUUUGGUGAUGAACAUAGUGAGGGAGCUCCUCAGUUGAUAUAGUUUUAAGAAUUCCCCUGAUAUUAACAUUCCAGGCUUUAACCCAGUCCACUAUAUUUGCCAUCUGCCUAGUCAAUUCUGCGCAAUACCUCUGUAGAAAACUGAUAGCGACAUAUGUUGCUGUUUGUGUUACCCUGACACUGCCCUUCAUCUACCUCCAUGGCCACAAUGUGAUUUGUUACCGUGGAGACCUCCUCCUUCACCACAACAAUUUCCUCCCGAUAUAUAUCUCUGACAUCUUGUAACAGGGCCUUGAUGUCUGCGUUAAGUGAGGAAGUAUUAUCUUCUUGCACCUGUGACCAUUGUUAGGCCAAAUGUGCCCUCGAGGAGGCUGGUGGCUCCAAUUGCAUGCUGUCCACCUGCAUGCUGUAGGCCUCCUCGGGCGCCAUCUUGGAGAAUAUGGGCCUCUGAGACUGCUUCAAGAAAAUCCCGAUAUCUCUGGAACCAAAGCCCAGAUCCGCCCAAUAUUUCUUUACUUUUUUACCCAUCUAUGCCAACACUGAUCGCGCACCAAUUUGUUCCAGUAUGAGAGAGGAAAGCUUAAAUAUGCCUGGUUUUGUGGUGUAUGAGCAAGGAGCUUCAGCAAAGCACAUCUGUCUCGCUUUGGCACUGGCUCUGCUCCUCGUAUUUUGAGUCUUUUUAAUUGAGCAAGACAAAAGUAUUUUGAUUAUUUGAUUGAUAGUUAUGUUGCAAGUUUACAUCUCAUGUUAAUAUUAUGUUUGGAUUUCCUCAAAGUACCCUAAUGGAAAUUAUAAACAGAUGAAUCUAAUAAUUUUAAUAUUAUUUCCCUAGGACAUGGUAGAUAUUGAUCUGGAUUUUGAGGCAUUACGAGAAAGGAUUUUACAGUGUCCAGGAGCAAAAAGGAUAAUAUUUCUUAUCACUCUUGAGAAAUGUCUUCCAGUUCUGAACUCUGCAGAAUGCGUAGAUAUACUAAGCCAAGUCAUUCGUAUGUAUGGAGAACAUUACCUCCAAGGAGAUGUGAUAGCAAAUCUUCCAUCUGAAUUACCGGAUGAACCCUUCAAGAAUCUGUAAGGAACCUUUAUUUGGGGUCAGCACACUAGUUCAGGGAUGAAAGGUUUAUUAAAUGGUUACUUAAAUCACCAUAACUACUUCAGUGAUUUAAAGGGGUCAUGAUGCCUGGAAUCUAUGUGCAGCAUUUUGCUAUAACCUCUACUGCUGAAGGUGUAACUCCACCUCUGGCAGCACCAUUGGAGUGCCCUGAGCCAGACCAGAACUAGAGUUCCAGCUGUUAAACCUGUGCUAAUUAUGCAUGCUAGCGAGGCCAUUUUCUCCCCUCAGCACGCCCUCCCUAACCUCUGUUCCACUUUGGCGAGGGAGAGUGAUGUCAGCAGAGGAAGAUUGGGCUACAGUGUGAAAUUGGCUCUGGAAUAGAAAUAAGUUUGGAGAUAUUUUCAUUUUUUUUUCUUCAUUUUUUUGGUGGUGGACCCAUAUAGGAAGGGUUACUGUGACCAAAAACAGUGUUUUCUUGACCAAAAACACUGUUGUAUUGAUUGUAGUAACCCUUUAGUACACUGUAUUUACAAUAUACUGGACUUGAAAUAAGGUAAACCAGGCAAAUAUUGUAGGAAUGCCGCAGAAAGAGGAAAAUUGUGGUCCAGAGAUAAAGCCUUUUUCCCAUACUGAAUUUCUUGCCUACGUUUGGAUCAACAGCAUAAAAAGAUGUGUUCAAGGGUUGAACUGAAUGGUUUUAGUCUUUUUUUUCAGCCUAGACUACUAACAAUUUGAGAUAUAAAUUGACGAGUAUUUGUAAAAUAAGUAUGAGUAACACUAGUUAAAAUAGUUAAUCAGUAAUGUACAAACCUCGCUUGUCCUGAUGAAAGUCCACUUGAGGACUGAAACGUUAACAAGUAUGGUAUGGUAUUUAUUUAUUUAUUACUGGCAUUUAUAAAGUGCCAGCAAAUUCUGCAGCGCUGUACAAUUGGGAAAAAGACAAGGUAUGGUAUGGUAUGUAAAUAAAAAUGAUUUUGAUUUAUUGAACACAAGUAUCUGCUAUUAUAUACAGUAUCUCACAAAACUGAGAUCACCCCUCACAGUUUUGUAAGUAUUUUUUUUCAUAUCUUUUCAUGUGAAAACACUGAAGACAGUGUUUAGACAUUAAUGGCUGUGUGUUGAGUUUUUUUAAGGAGGCAGCAAAUUUAUGCUGUUAAACGGGCUGUACACUUCCUACUUUACAUUGUAGCAGAGUGUAAUUUCUUCAGUUUUGUCACAUGAAAAGAUAUAAUUAAAUAUUUACAAAAAUGUGAGGGGUGUACUCACUUUUGAGAGAUCCUGUAUAUCUCUUGAUUGGGUUAAUGGUAACCGAUUGAGUAGUACAUAUUGCUUUAUCUAUUAAUAACAUUAUAUUAUUGUCUUAUAAAGGAUAACAGACAUAUCUAUGAUUUAGGUCAUCUGUUUUCAAGGAACUGUACGAUAAGAUAACAGCCAAUGAUAGGAGAGCUCUGUAUGAAUGGAUGACUGAAAUUCUCCAAAAAAAUUACAUGAAUAAUGGUGAGUUUAGGGGACAUUGGGGGUUUUAUAAGCAUUGCUGUCUGGUCAAAUUUAUUGAUGUGGAGCAAUUAGCAGAACUAUUCCGUUCGUUUUCAUGGUGACUGUUUCACAUUUAUAAGUUUGAGAACGUAUCAAAAAAAUGAGACAAACUUAUAUCCACAGAUUUCAAUGGAUCCACAUCAUGGGUUACAGCUGAGAACCUCUGGAUUUUGGGCAGAUAUAUGGUUCAUCUUCCAGUUGACGAAAUCAGGAAAAUAAAUGUAAAUGAAGUGAGUAGAUCCAAAUAUUCAUUUUCUAAAGUAAGCAAAGAAGACAUCUCAGGAAAACAUAAAACUUCAUCACACGGGGAUUGUGUGAAACAAACGUAUAGUUUACGACAGUGAAGGCUUUCCAUAACAUUUCAGAAGAUUGCGAACUACAUAACUGAAAUGUAUUUUACAGACAUCUGGGUUGCAGAUUAGUCAACAUAACUGUAAUGUAAUAAUUAGCCAGAGCUAAUUAGCCAAAGCUUAUGUCUGCCUCCUCCAAUAUGGCAUUGAAUCGGAUGUGAGCAGAUGCAUGUGGAUCCUGCAAUGUCUGUGCAAAAGAAUAAAGUGAAAAAGGAUGUAACAUAAAACAUACAUGAAUUAAUGAAGCAGACAUCACGUAUAUGUUCUAUAUCCAAUAUGAACAUGAAUUGAAAAAAUAUAUGUCUGUUCAAAAAUAACUGUUUUUAGUGGUGGUUUGCCGGAUCCACUAUACUUAAGCAAUAUUAAUUGCUCUGGAAAAUGUGAUUUGACUGGGAAUAAUUGGUUAUAUUAGACAUUUUUUUCAAUUUGUUCUCUUUCUUUUUCUUUAUUAGUUUAAUUAGUAUUCAUUGGAUAAAAUGAGUUUCACAAGUUAUUUUUAGAGAAAUGUUUAUUCCGUAUUACCCCGCACUGUCUUUUUUCCUCAUUAUCCCAGGUGCAUAUCUGUAAAGCAUAAUAUAGCCCAUUACAUUGAUUGUAAUAUGUACACUGCACUUUAGAAUUUUACUCAAUGAUCUAUUUCCCCACUAGUCUAGUUUUGAUGAAUAAUUUGGAUAAGACCAUGAUAUGCAAUCUCUGACAUCCACUCCCCCCCCCCACUCCAGGGUUGCCAAAAAGUAGAUCCUCGGCUGUCCUACACCCCACAAUGCUAUACCAGCAGGGGAUCUACCAUGUGCCCUUUCCUUGCAGGGUUGUGUUUUUGAGCAGUAUCUGUGUGUUUGAGUGUAAGCAUGUUUUUUGCGUGGAGAGAGAGAGUGUGUAUGUGUGUGUGUGUUGCUCGUGUUUGAAUGCAGUUGCAUGUUUGUAUGUAUAGUUGACAUGCCAGAAUGAAUUUGUGUAUAGUAUAGUAUUGGUGUUUGAAAGCACUUGUGUGUUUGUGUCUACUGUGUACGUUUAAACACAGGGGUGUGUUUGUGUGUAGUGUUGGUGUUUGAAUGCUGGGAUAUAUGCACGGACACACACAAAUGCACACACUGACACACACAAUGGCAUAGAUAUACACGCACACAGACUUACACAGAUACACAUAUAUGUCACAAGUAAUAUAUUUUAGGACACCUUCCUGUUUUGGGUGCAGGGGUCUAGCUUCCCUGGGGUCCAAUGGAUGUGGGUUGCAGAAUGUGGGAAUGGAUCCAUGGGAGUCUCAGUCUUGCUCAGUCCCUCUCUCGCUCCUAUCUGUGCUUCUUUUUCUCCCUCUCCACUCGACUCUCUACAAGCUGGGAGGAUGUGACCUGAACUCCCUCCCUCUCAGGGGAACUAAUAAUCUGAUGCAGUCUCGUUCGGUACCCUAUGAAAGAGCUGUGGAACCUGACUGGUUCUCAGAUAAGUAAUGCCCAUUGGAUGGCCCUAAGUGUGAGGUCCUGGUGCAGCCUUUCAAAUGAAUGGGGGAACAUUGUGAAGACAUGUCUGAUGACAUUUGUUUCAUCCUCUGCUUUCCUAAUGAUCUAAUGGUUGUUAUGGGGCAACCAAAAAUAAUUGCUGUAAAGAUACAUUUGUACAGGGCUAGUUAGCUUGGUUUUACAUUAGUCAGUCUUGUUGGGUCAGAGUUCAAGUAUUUUAGUGGAGUCAGGGUAGUGCCUGUGGUGUAGACUUUUCCUGUGAAGUUAGAUUGUAAGGAGAAUUAUAUGAGACUUGUAGGAUUUCACUGCAAUGAAAAAGAAACUAACAGUUUUUCUAAAUAAUUCCAUUUAAAGAUACGAAUGUUUAUCAGCUACGAUAAUGCCACAAAACAGCUAGAUACUGUGUAUGAUAUAACACCAGACCUGGCAAAAGCUUUUUUGGAACUUAUAAACUCCUCAGGAUUCGAUAUGAGGAACAUUUCCACCAUAUACAGGUAAGGAAAACAUAUAAUCUUACAGAAAAUCUAAAUAAUCUUUUUAAAAAAUGUUUAUUUGCUAUUAUCUCGAAAAGUGGAUGAUACCUUCAAGAUAAGUGUUACGCCAAUCCCUUGUCAUGAUAUAUCAGUUUUGUGACUGUCAUUGUGAAAGUCUUGACAUGUUAUUGACUUGUCUGUGAAAAGGUUAAUUAAUUGUAUUCUUUUUAUAUAUAUAUAUAUAUAUAUAUAUAUAAUUCUUUAUUUUUGCAAUGACAGAUGAAUUAAAAAUACAUUUACUGUACAUAUGCUUAUGCAAGAGCCAAUGUAUGGUUCGACAUUGUGUGGUUGGUACAGAAGAAAAGCAAUAUACAUUUUAUGUCUCUGUUGCACUCAUGAUGUAGUUGCCAUCUGCCAGCGGUUUUUUGUUUAACAGGAGAAAGAGUGAGUACACACAUAACAAUAGGUAUCGAUAAAUUUAACUGUGGUUCUGUGUCAGUAGUUUGAAGAACAUGAACUUUAGGCCGGGGUACCGGUUGUCUCGGCCUAGUAGAGAAGAAGGGGGGGUGAGCAGGGAAGGUUUAGGGGUAGUGUCUUGGUCGGUGUGUUAUCGGUUUGUUUGUUGGUUAGUCUAGGUCAGUGUUUCCCAACCCAGUCCUCAAGGCACACCUACCAGUCCAGGAUUUAGGGAUUACCCAGUUGUGUCUAAGGUGUUUUUUUUCUUCUUUGUAAAACACCUUAGACACAACUGGGUAAUCCCUAAAUCCUGGACUGGUAGGUGUGCCUUGAGGACUGGGUUGGGAAACACUGGUCUAGGUGUUGUUGUCGUGUGUCGAUGUAAUUUUCCCACGUCUUGGAGAAUGUUUUAAUGGAGCCUCGCAAUUGGACGGUCAGCUUGUCCUUAAGGUGGAAUUCUUUAAUUUUAUUGAGUACUGCGGUCAUGGGAGGCAUGGUGGUUCGCAGCCAGGUUUGGGCCCAGGGCCCGUCUAGCUGCUAGGGUGAUUUUGUUGAUCAGCUGUUGUUCUGGUCUGGACCAGUUGUCAAAGGGUUUUUCUAACAGAAACAUCCAUGGGUUCAAUUUGACCGGUCUGGAUAGUAUUUGGGAUGCUAGUGUUUGGAUAUCUUUCCAGAAAACUCUAACCUUGGGACAGGACCACCACAUGUGGGUGUGGUACAAUUGCACCGGUGUGGUAUACCACCGGAACAUUGUUUUAUAAGAUUGUGUUUUCAUUGUAACGCAUAUAGAGGUUUUUGAGUUGGCCUCCCAGGUAUCCUGCCAGUCUAUACUCUCUAGUGUCUCUCCUAGUUUGGUUUCCCAUUUAUCAGUGUAGUGUAGGUUGCCCCAGUCUUUUGUGGUGGAACAGAGUUGGGAGUAUAGUUGGGUGAUCAUGCCCUGUUGGUACUUCUAUGUGUGGUAGUUGGUUUUGGCGGCAGUUUUCACUGUCGCCUGGGUAGCGUAAUUUCGGAGUUGGAGGUAUCUGAAGAAGUCAGAUGGGGUUAGGGUGGCUCUAGGUUGUAGCUCCGUGAAGGAGACCACAGAGUCGCCUAUGUAUAAUUGGUGGACUCUCUGGAGACCGGCGUGUUCGAGGCCUCUGAAGUCUCUUGGUCUCUUGCCCGGUAUGAAGGCUCUGUUGCGGUAUAUCAGGGUGAGGGUGAGGACAUGAGUUCAUAUUUUAGGGCGAACCUGUCCCACAACUGUAUGGAAUUGGUGAUGGAUGGGCAGGCUGUUCUUGGUAAUGCUCUCUGUUCCCUCGGGGUCCAUAUGUAGAAUUGUGGGAGAUCGGAUUUCAUAAGUAGUGACUCAAGGUCUACCCAUCGCCUAGUUUCUGGGGGGGGUAUGCCAUAGGGCUAUUUGUGUUAAUUGGGCCGCUAAGUAGUAGUAGUGUAAGUGAGGUAAUACCAAGCCUCCUCUUGUCUUGGAGCGGUAGAGUAUGUUGCGGGACACCCUGUGUCUUUUGUUCUGCCAGAUGAACCGGUCUAUUGCCUGUUGUAAGGGAGUGAGGUCUCGUUUUGUGAUGGGAAUGGGCAGGGCCUGGAACAGGAAUAAGAUUCUGGGUAGAAUAUUCAUUUUAACAGAGUGUAUUCUCCCGAUCCAGGAGAUGGGCUUAUCUGCCCAGGUCUCCAUGUCCAUUAUGAGUGUGUUAAUCAUGGGCGUGUAAUUUAGUUUAUGUAAGGUAGAGGGAUCCCCUGAUAGUUUAAUGCCUAGAUACGUGAGAGAUGUAGGCGAAAUGUGUAGGUGGUGGAAUUAAUUGUAUUAUUUUGUAAAAGGAUUUGCAAUUUUUCUAGUUUAUCACCUUGUCUUCAUAUAGAAUGUAUAGGCCAAAAUAUUUUUUAGUCACCAUAUUCCCAGAAAAUUGUAGCCCCAUGGAACUUAAGCAGCAUAAGUGGAAUAGGGCCUUGACAGGGGUUGGAGAACAGGGGGUUGGAGAACACGUGGUGUGCUUUGAAGUUUGACUGGGGGAGCGGCCUAAUAUAAAUAGGCCGGCCAUUUUAGCUCCUGUCACCAUUAACUUCCCAAAAAAUGAAAAUCCAGCGCACUUCCUUAUCUGCUAAACAGCUAUUUUGCUAGUUUUAUCAAAAACACCUAAUCUAGGCAAAAAAAACAAUGGCCUGCCACAAUGUAAAUGUACUCCAUAUUUGGCAGGUCCUACUCUAACAGUCAACUGUCUACUUUGUAAGCCAUCAAAUUGACUUUUCAAAAAAACUUUUCAUGAAAAAUUCAGUUGAAACCACGACAGGAAUAAUAUUUACAUAUCCCUCUUGAGGAAGUAUCUAGAGAGGUUUGGCUUGGGGACACUACCAGAGCACAUUUAGAUUGUAUGAGCUAACAGUUAUUUAUAUAGUUAGGAUAUUUAUUGAAAUUUUUAAAAAUGCAUCUAAUAUACAUAAACUAAGGUUCAGUGGCGUUUACAGCUCGAACACAAAUUACUGUGAGUUUUAUUGUGUUGGAACGCUGUGAUAUACUCAUACACACCGCAAAUGACUGUGAAUUUUAUAGAUGUGGAGCUUUGUGGUAGACUCACGCUGCACAUUAAUAUGAGUAAUAGUCCUGUGGAGCUCUGUGAUACACGCACAUGCUCAGGUGACACUUAAUCAUGCUGCCCAUAUCUCUAAAGCAAGUUUGCAUUUAACCUCCAUAUACCAUAUCACCUGCCCAUAUCCAAGUGGACACUAAUCUGCUAAUAAUUUUAGAACAUGGGGGCUUCUCACAUCAUGACCUAAUAACAGUCUGAGGAAGUGUAUGUUUUUAAUGCUGUAUGGAAUCGUACAGGACUGGUGCAUGUUCACCGUAGUAAAAGUGUAAUUUGGAAUUACAAACGAGGUGCAUCUCUUUGUUCUCAUUAUAUUGCAAGGUCACGUAUGCCAUGAAGUGCUUACAUGUUUCUUGCUUUCUGGAGCACUAACUUAUGUGUUGUCUGGGUGCCUAUUGUUUUGGUUUGUUUGAUGAUUGUUAUCUCAGAUAUCCUGACCUUGGCUUGUUACACCAUGUUCCAUUUCACUGCUGUCUGCUCCGGCCUGUUCCGUCACUACACUGAUCUCCAGUUUCUUUUUUCUUUUUCAUUUCUUUUUUUUUCUUCUCGAUCUAUUCUCAGGUUUCUUGCCUCCUCUUUUUUUUUUGCCUGUCUGGCAGUUUCUCUGUAAUCCCAGUAAUUCUAAGGACUGACAAUGCACUUUCUCUCCUAUUUUUCUUUUUUGAUGAUAUAUGUAUCUUUACAUCUAAAAAGUAUCUUACUACGUUUCCAUGGAAAGUAACAGUCAGCAUUUUGCUAUGCUAAUUUCACCAAAUGCAGAAUUCUCUGAAAAACUGACCCGUAGCCUGUAAGUUGUUAAAGAACCUUCAAUAGUUAAGGAUUUAGGGAUGACCCAAUUGCCUUCAAAAAGGGUGCAUUAUGGACACCUGAUGGUGCUUGAGUCAUAAUUUGAGAAAUACUACCUGAUAUAUAAUUAUUGAUUUCAUAAAAUAUUUUUUUUUAGCUCUAACUAAUUUAUUUUCCCUGAAAAUCCUAGGCUUGGAUUGUUGGUUUGCUUCUACGAUGAUGUACUAGAUCUCGAUCCAACAGUGGCCAGAGCAUUGCUGCACCAAAUGAUCAAGUGCAACCAGCUGAGGAGCUAUCAUGCUGAUGUACAAAAGGUGACAUUUCUUCUUUACCUCGAUUUACUCUUCUGUGUAUAAAAACAGCACAUCAUGCAGGCACAGCAAUUUCACACCAUUUGGCUAAGUCCACUGUUUCAGAACCUUAUAUCUACAAGGUGAAAUCCAGUCCUUCUCAAACUUGAGUCCUGGACCACUUUACUCCUGGUCUAACUGUAGGGUGUUUGUUGAGGUGGUUAGAAGAUUAGGGUCAAAGUAGGACUUAAAGGACCACUAUAGGCACCCAGACAAUUUCAGCUCAAUGAAGUGGUCUGGGUGCCAGGUCCAUCUAGGGUUAACCCUGCAGCUGUAAACAUAGCGGUUUCAGAGAAACCGCUAUGUUUACAUUAGGGUUAAUCCAGCCUCCAGUGGCUGUCUCAUUGACAGCCGCUAGAGGCGCUUCCGCGCUUCUCACUGUGAAAAUCACAGUGAGAAGACGCCAGCGUCCAUAGGAAAGCAUUAAAAAUGGACUGACUGAAUGCGCGCACGGCUCUUGCCGCACAUGUGCAUUCAGCCGAUGACGUCAGAAGAGGGAGGAGAGUCCCCAGCGCCGAGGGAGCCCGGCGUUGGAGAAAGGUAAGCAUUUAACCCCUUCCUCCCCCUAGAGCCCGGCGGGAGUUGGACCUUGAGGGUGGUGGGGGGGGGGGACCUAAAGACCCUAUAGAGCCAGGAAAACAAGUUUGUUUUCCUGGCACUAUAGUGGUCUUUAACAAUAUCCAUGCUUCUACAUCCUAGUGUAUAUAUGGAGAGUGACACAUAAACAGGGGAAUGUCGCCCUGUCCUACAAUAUAGGGGGAGGUCUCACAGUUUUUUGAUAAAGGGGUUGGGGUACUAAGUAAUAAAUAAUAUAAAGAUAUAUUCCUGUAAAAUAUGCACAUUUAUAUGGUUCACAUAUUCAGCAAGACAUUUCUUCAUAAUCAUUCAAUUUGAAUAAUUGCAUUAAUAAUUUACUAACUAAUAAUUUACUUAAUUUAUUGUGCUGUUUAUUUUGUGCCAUUUUGACUCAGCCAUCUUGAUUUCUGUGCAUGUUGCCAGUCUGUAAUACUAUUGGCAGGGAAAGUGAUAGGGCAGAUAAAUAGUAAUAUUUCUCAGCUAGGGGUUAUAGUGAUUUCAAAGAGAUCCAGUCUGGAAGAAAUUGCUUGUUCAUUUAUUGUUAAUACCUGGUUAAUAAAAUCUCUUAAUUUCAGAAUAACCAUGCUUCAAAUCCAGGUGUGUGGGCCUCAGUAAAUGGCAGCCUCCUGGGUUAACAAAAAAAAAGCUUAUAAUAUAGUAAAUUGACUUCUCAAGGUACAACCAAUGCCAGUGAUGGCUAAACGUUACUGAAGUACAUUUCCCAUGAUGCCUAGCAGGUGGCCAAAGGUCAUGAAAACUAUAGUUGUAGAAGAAACUAGCAGAAUCUUCAAUAUAAAGACGAGCCAUUCCUACCCUAUUAAUUUUACUGCAAGAUAAAUAUUUAAUUAUAGUGAAUGAUAAAAUACUGCAGUACUUUAUCAUGUAUUCUAGAAAUCUGUCUGAAUACACGAAAAAAGGUAAAAAGGACAAGCACUACUGUGUACAUGUUGCAGGCUGUAGGAAAGUAACACAGAACGAUGGGAUGGUUUCCCUGUGACAGUACCAGCAGUAAUGGAAAAUUGAUGACACCAUGGACUUAGAUUCCAUAUUCCACAUAAAAGACCACCAGGUAGGGCUGCAAUUACCACCUUAUUGCAUCCUAUAGGACUCUGGUCUGGUUAUAAAUAAAAUGUUAUAUGUAUGCAAGUAAAUCUUUAUUUCAUUCUCUGACAAACACAUCACAUAAAUUGUCCUAUAAUAGAUCUUAAAACACAAGAACAUUCAGUCUGUUCCUUAUGAUUCCUCGAUAAUGAUCCCCUGGAUGGAGUUCUUUUACGUUCCUCUGAGGCAGCGUUUCCCAAUUGGGCCUCUGCCGUGAAUUGCCCAAUCCAAGAUGGCCGUUGUUCCCUGCUGUUCCCGGAAGGUCGGAAACAGCAGAGAUUGCGCGGUCGCGAUCUUUAAAACCCCUUCAGCCACUUACCUUAAUCCGUGCUCCCUCGGUGUUGGUGACCUCUCCUCCCCCGCCGACGUCAGCUCCCCCGUCUGACAUCAUUUUAUAUAUGUAAUUUUUUAUUUCAUUUUUUCUGCCUACUAUCAGUAGAAAUCUGUGAUAUACCAAAACAAUUUAAUUCUAAGAGCUGUUAACAAAACAGCGUCCUUUGGCGAAAUCUGUAGUAAAGUCUUCUCAGCAUCCUUUGCAGUCAGGUAGUGAGAUCUGUAUUUUUUGGGGUUAGAGAAGUGUUUUUUUUUUUUUACCAGUGAACAACCAUGAAUUUGGACAAUUGGUUAAAACAAGGAACUAUCAAGAGAAAAAGUAUCACUACUUCUAAUUGUUCGACAAUUUUAGAAACUGAGAAAGACGAUACAACAAGGAAACAAGUCCAAAAUAGUUGAAUCUACUGUUCCUCAAAUAGCAGAGACAAGUGACAAGUCAAAGAAAAAAAGUACAGAAUGCUACACAAUCUUCUUCUCAAAGAAAGAAAAGAAAAUAUGAUGAAAGCUACUUAAAAUUUGGAUUAUGAAGUGCCAGAAAUAAAAAUAUACCUCAAGCACAAUGCUCAGUUUGCAAGAAAAUAUUGCCAAACAGUUCAUUAGCAACUGCUAAAUUACGUCGUCAUUUUUGAGCAAAACCACCCAGAGUACAAAGAUAAAGACAUUGCCUUUUUCAGGAGUAUCAUAAAACUAAACAGUUUAUGAGCAAAAUAUUUGAAAAUGAUAAUAAAAAAGCCACUUAUUAAAAGGUUUGUGCUACGACGCAAAUUAUUUUUCGAUGUUGGUACUGUGUCAAAUGGUUCCAGGGGAAAAAUUCAUUAGGAACCCCUGCUCUAAAUGAAUUGGGAACCCCUGAAAUUAACCUGUAAAUAUGUUUAAUCCCCCUGCUAGUAACUCAAGUAUGCAACUUUUUAUCAUUCCUUUUGUAUAACGAGUUAUCUUCAAAUUAUCUAAGUGGAACCCUUUAUUUUUUUGCAGAUGAAGUCUCAGUUUCUCCAGAUUGCUAUGUUAAACCAGACUUUGAACGAGAGUCUGGGAUCUCUAUCUGAUGCUGUCGUUAGUCUGACACUGUCGCAGCUGGAGGCUCUGUCACCAGAGGCUGUGCAGGGAGCAAUCCUGACUCUCCAGCAGGUCUCUGGCUGGACUAAAAGUCAGAUUAUGGUACUGACCGGGAAAUAUAUAAAUUCUGACAAGGUAAGACAUCCCCCUGGUCAGUUCAACCACUACAAUUCCCAGGAUUUUCUGGUAUCAUUAACACCCCACAUCUAAAAACAUAUGGGGGGCUCAAGGUUACAAAGUCAAAAAAAAUUAAUUGAAAUUUCAUUUGUUUUGUUUUCAUUUCUCAAAGUUUUGUUCUGAGAAGAAAAUGAAUGUAACAUGAUACAUAUUAUUCAUGGAAUGUAUUGGAUCUCUCUGCCCUAGGUGUUAACCUUUUCCAAUAUCAGUCACCUUGGAGAACUGGUGUCAGGUAUAAGUGCUCAGUCAUUUUAUGACAUGAAUCCACGGGAGCUUUCGAUGGCUCUGAAAGUCGGACUUUCUCAACAUGCCUCUGGUCUUUCUCCGGCACAACAGGAAAGCAUCCUAAGCCGGGUAAUUCAUGAAUUUAUUGUGUGGUUUAUACACAUUUUAUACAUUAGAAUUAUGCUAUAAGUCCUCUUCAUCUUGUAAGUCCAAUUGUACAAACCAUGUCCUUACCACAUCCUUCUAGGGUAGUUAGCUGUCCUCCAAAAAAUGCUGGACAAUGAGUGAAUAAUAAUGGAGGUAGGCAUCCAUCCCUCAACUAUAUUGCCCCUUUCUUCCAUCUCAUUUCUCAGUUAUCCCACCUUAUCAUUGUUCCUUCUAUUGUACCCUGACAGUGUAGUUAUAUGCUGACUGCUGUGUGGGAGCUGCAUUGAUCCAUGCUUCUCUCGACAUAGAUUGCUGUCACUACCCCAUUGAAAUGCAAAGUUCAAAUAGAAUUAGAAGGUGGGAUUGGACAUCGUCACAAUUUAGAUCUUCAUGCACCAGGUUGGACAAGUAACAGCAACCAACGAUGAGAGAAGCACCGGAUCAAUGCAGGUUCCACCAAGCACACACCAAUAAUAGAGCCACAUUGCUACUGUAAAUGACCUCUUCAGUACUGCAUAGCCUUGUUACCCCUUAUAGUCAUGCCCACAGGUUGGUCUGCUGCCACUGACAGCAGGUUAAGAAGAAAAUACCAGAUAUUUUAUAUUACAUUUUACAACAGAUUUUACCAAACAGCCAAAUCAAACAUUGGACUUGACUAGUGGCAACCCUAUCUCCUUCUCCUUCCAGUUUUAUAUUUCACAGUUUAAGUUUCUUUCUUGCCAUGUGAUUACCUCCACCACUUUUCUACUCUAACUUCUCGGUCUUUUAUUUGUUCUCAGUAUGAUAACUCUGUCACCCAUCAGCUGCAUCUUCUCUGGAAUUUGGCCCUAAUGCCAAAGUAACUUCUGUCUGUUCGUUUUUGGGGUUUUUUCCCCCCGCUAAGUCUAUGUUUAUUAAAGUUCUUUUUUUUUUUACGUUACAUCAGUUUUAUUUUUAUUGUUACAGAAAAGAGAGCUCAAAUUGCACUCUAGGCACCAUAGACAGGUUUGUUAAACUGUUUGGAAGUGGCCACCAGAGACUGUGCUCUUCUUGACCAUAUUAAUAUUGCAAAAUAACUUUUCCAAUAUUACCAAUAUUGAUUCCGUCCAACCUUGUCACUAAGUCAAGUUACAGAAAAAAAACUAUUUGUGGCCUAAAUUCUGCAAUUGAUUUGUCUAUUCAUCACUAUUUAGUGAAUAGACUGACACAAAAAUAUAUAUAUUUAUCAAGCCAAAAUGCAUUUUAUUUGGUCUGUUAACCAUUUAGACAUUUCAUUGAAGAAAGGCUUAACAUGGUAAAAAAACCAAAGCACUAGUUUAAACAAAACGAGAUAAAGGCUACAAUAAUGAAAUUUAGUGACACAGAGAGACAUUAAAUGCUGUGUGGGAAAACAUAGGACAUGUUAUCUAUUAUAGUACUCAAUUUCAUAUUUAUGGAUAAACUUUUAAAAUAUUUUUUCAAAAUAUUAAAAUAUCAAAAACUAUAUCUUUUUCAUCAAAGUCUCAAAGUUCAUAUUUAAAGCACCUAAUAUAUACAGGGAUAUUUACUAAAGUAAGAAUUGAAAGUUAAUUCAAAGUAAACUUCAAAUGUAUAAAAAAUAUAUUUAAAAAAAAUAUUUAAUGUUAUAAAUGUAAAACAUUUUUCGAAAUAUUAAAUCACUGUAAAAGUGUACCCAUAAAUAUUAGAUCGAGACCUUAAUAUGUUGUGCAGACCUUUGGCAUUUAAAUUGUUAAUGGAGUUUAGCUCCAAACAAGAAUACAAAGUACUUAUACUGUUAUUUUAUAAUGUAUGUUUAUAUAAUUGUAAUAGUAAUAUACAUUGUAUAACUUAUUUGUUAUAAAUGGGUGUAGCGCCUUGAAAUUUUCUCAGUUGAUAUAUGGAAACAGAAGAAGGGUACAAUGGAGGAGUAUAGUGUAGUAUUUCAUAUGCGAAGGAAUAAGGAGAAAGAGGUGCACUAACCAUGUUUACCCGUUAGCUCCACUUUUUUGCUGUAAACACGGUCUUUUCAGAGAAAAUGCAGUGUUUACAUUACAGCCUAGUGAUAGCUCCACUGGCCACUCCUCAUAUGGCUGUUAGAGAUCCUUCCUGGGUCAUGGCAGCCUAAAAUGCAUCCAAACAUUCAGUGUCUCCUCCGUCUGCAUGCAGACACUGAACUUUCCUCGUACAGAUUCAUUGAUUCAAUUCAUCUCUAUGUGGAGCUGCUGAUUGGCCAGGGCUGUGUUUGAAUUGUGCUGGCUCCGCCCUUGAUCUGCCUCUUUGUCAGUCUCAGCCAAUCCUAUGGGGAAGCAUUGUGAUUGGAUCAGGCUACCACUUCUGAUGAUGUCAGCAGACUGCUUGUUUUUCUGAGUCACACAGCAUGCAGAGUUACAGCUUCAGGCUUGAAUACAGUAAGAUUUUUCUAUAUUUAUGGAGGCACGAGGGGCCCAGGGGGACUAGAUGGUGGUUUUAAAACUAUAGGGUGAGGAAUACAUGUUUGUGUUCCUGACCCUAUAGUAAUCCUUUAAGGAUGUGCAGGGUAUGUCUUGAUCCAAAUGGGAGAUCCAGGAGGUAGGUAACAGAAACAGAAUAAGUACUAUAUAGUGUCGUAUAUAUAUAUAUAAACAGAAUAUGAACCAUAUACUGUAGUAUGUACAUAAACAGAAUAAGUACCAUACACAGGUAGUGUAUUAUGUACAUACUACACUUUAUGGUUCUGUUACAUAUCUCCUGGAUCACCCAAGUGCACCUCAUUCUCCAUAUUCCUUCUCAUACAACAUACUACACUGUAUAUCCCUCCAUUGUCCCCUAAUUCUUGUUCAGUACCCUCUAAGCACUAAACCUUCUUGGGUGCAUUUAUUGUAUAACGUAUGUUUUAUAUUUAAUUUGCAUAUUCUAUAUUUCCGGUUUAUAGAACAAUUAUGUAGAUUGUAACUCACAUUAUGAUAGUCAGAUUCUCCCCUCCACCUUUAAUUAGGUGCUGUCAUCGGGAGAUUUGCAGACAGUUGUAUCAGACAUGAACGGUGCAUUCUUUAGAGAAGUCCCUCUGUCACAAUUAUUAGCACAACAGGACCUGAAUGUUGCAGUACUAAAGGAGAAAGAAAUGAGAACGAGUCAGGUAAUUAUGUCUUCCGACCUUUGGCAUCCAGUGCUCAUUCAAGGUGAGAUUAAAGCCAGAAUAGAAAAUGACCUGAUCUGAUUUCUACGAAAAUUUGCAUGAGACACCUCUGGGCUGAGCCUCAGAAAGGAUCCUAUAUUAUUUUCAGUGGAGAAAGACCAUAUUUGACACUCCUAAAGCAUGGUUGAAAUUUUUCUUCAUGCAUUUGAGAAACUAUAACCGAUUUCUCUUACAUUAAAUAGCAUCGUAAAUAAUCUAGUUAUAAAGGAAAAAGACUUCACAUUUGCAGAAUAGAAUAUCUUUAAAAAUACACACAUGGAUUGUAAGUUUGGGGGAGCCAUUUUCUUGUGCCUUUCACUUGCUGAGCAGGAAGCUGCUAUCAUACAGGAAGUGAAAAGCCAGUAAGAUGAAUUUCGCAGGACUAAUACUUACAGUACUUUAAAUUAUUAUUAUUAUUAUUAUUAUACAUGAUCCCCUGUUACUCCUGCCCACUCCACGUUAAGACUCUGCAAAGGGUUCCAAUUGUCAAGUCAAAUUCAGAAUGUAAACUACCUAGCCAGCUUCAUUUUAAUUUUAUCUAAUUCCGAAUGACCCAAUGACACAAUACAAUAACAGUUUUAGCAGACUGCCCAGACUGUUGUCACUCAAGAAUACUUUACCCAGGUGUCUAUGAGGAGCAGCCCAAUCUUCCAAAGAAACUGCUGUUCCUCUCUCUCAUUUUUGAGUUCACUCAUCUCUUUUUUAUCAAAGUUUCAAAGUUAAUUCAAAGUGAAUUUCAAAUGAAUUGGUAAGAUAGCCAGCUGGAAACAAUCUCUAAGCUAGCUAGGCUUAAUUUGGCAACUUGGGUUUUAAAAAUGUAAUUCACUUUGAAUUCUCAUUUUAACGAAUGAUUCUGAGAUUCUUGAUACAUGUUUUUGAAGGGCUUUAUUUAGAUAGUCUAGUCUUUGGAUCCUGCUCUCUCUGGUGGUACUGGUCAUCAGAAGGACUAGUCUUGUAUUUGUCAGUUUUCAGGUAAAGACUGUAGUGAGGUUAGUUCAUUAUUUGCGAUCCUGUGUGUUUGUUGUAAUUAUAUAUUUCACAGUUCUUUGUGUUUCAAACUAACCCAUGGCGCACUAACAUAACUUAGAAUUCAUCCAUAUCCAUCGUGAGAAUAUAUUACAAGGCACUAUUUUAUUAUCAAAUGUACAAAACAAUCACAUAUGGAUCCUUAUGUUCACAUUACAUCGUAUAGACACCCGCAGUUAAGAUAUUCAGUAAAUCUAGCACAAUGUCUGACCUUAUGGAAAAUAAAAUGUGCAGUGUAAACACAACGUGAUGCAACAAAAAAACUAAGUGAGCCUAACGAUAUACAAGAAUUUCAAAUAUACAAUUUAAGUCUGAUUUCAAUGAAAAACUGAAAAAAAACACAUUUCUCACAAAUUAGUCCAUGUAUGACAUUUAAAUUCUAUCAAGAACAAAUUUGAGACAAAACUAACUUUAUUGGUUGGUGCACACCGUUUUGUAGUACAACAGGGACUGGGGAGACUACAAAUAGAAAGAUGAAUUUGAAACUUGGUACCAAUUACCUUGAGACAACUCUUCCAGUACACAUUGGAGGCCAGUGGGUGACAAUAGUAAUCUGGAGUAUAUUUAGCCAGUUUCGACUAGCUGCUCUUCUUCUCUGGGCUUGGAUCUUAUUUGUAGAAAAUAUUACUCAACUGUGUCUUCUGCCUGGCCACAGAACCAUCAAACAUCUAUAGAUAGAAAAUUAUUUGGGGUUUAAUUGGUGAAGAGUGUAAGUAAUGCUGAUAAUAGUAAACAUGUUUUCUUACGUUCAUUUCUGUUUUAGGCCCUUCUCCUGUAUGAAUUAAUGUCUCAUAAGACAUCACUGGUUGACCUAUUAAGGUAUAGUAUCUCUGUAUACUGUUUUACAAAGAAAGAACUAGAGAUCUAGUCAUUAAAAUAAUUUGCCUUGAUAACUUUGAAAACUGGAAAGAAAAUGAAACCAUUUGCUAAGCUGGUGAUUUUUUUUCUAAAUCAAUACACUGUCUACAAUCAAAAAUAAAUAAAUCAAUGCUAUCCAACUUCUUUGGUGUAGAAGGCCAAAUUUUGUGUGUAUAUUUAUGUAUAAGAAAAUGGUGAUAGGAAUAUAUCUGUUUAUGUAUGUACUUUCUUCUUUAAAUAGCUCACCGUAAUAUCCUACUAUAUCACCCAAAAAUAUUAAUAGGCAAUUUGACGUAAUUUAUAAAAAAUAUAUAUUUAUUCAAUGCAAACUGCAGUACUUACGUGAAAAACACUUAACAGAUGGUACAGCUUAACACUAUCACAGAGAGAGAGAUCUUUGAUGGAGAGUAUGUGUCUUUGUCCAGAAAGUCAGAGGAACAGAGUGUGGGCUUUAUUUACUGUUCUUUUAUAGACAUGACUGUAAUUAUAUCAGAAAUCUUUGCAAAAACGUUGACCAUAUAAGGACACAUAGUAAGACCCUCACUCAUCUUACUAUAUUAUACACCCACAUUCCAGAUUUCUCAUGGUACAGAAUAGCAAAUUACCAUCUGUUCUUUUUAACCCAUUAGACAUCCAUACCUAACGUGAACAUGGAUAGGAAAAUAGAAUAUGUAAUAUUCUGCAUUGUGUUGUGCAUUGUGUAAUACUGUGGCCAGCCUAAGGUACACCUUUGCAAUAUUCAUGCUGUCUAAUCAGCAUCUUGAUAUGCCACACCUGUGAGGUGGAUGGAUUAUCUCGGCAAAGGAGAAGUGCUCACUAACACAGAUUUAGACAGAUUUGUCAACAAUAUUUAUUUGAGAGAACUAGGCCUUUUGUGUACAUAGAAAAAGUCUUAGAUCUUUGAGUUCAGAUCAUGAAAAAUGGGGCAAAAAAAAAAGUGUUGCUUUAUAAUUUUUUUCGGUGUAUUUUUUAUGUCUUAUUUCACAUACAAACUCAUAUUACAGCCCUACAUCUUCCUAAGUCCACCUUUUAGAUUAUAUCCACGAACCCUGCUCAGUCCUACAUCUCAAACUCUCAUAUUGCAAUCACCAGAUUUACUGCUCCUACUCAGUUUCAUCUAAACUUCUCCUGACAAAUUAAUUUUCCCUAUUCACCUCCAGCUUCCCUCUCCUUCUUCACUCAUCCGCACUUUCUCAUGAUAUCUCUCCAUCCAAUAACCAUCUUUCUGCUCUACUCUCCAUUUAAUCUGCUUUACUUCCUGGUGGCCCAUCUCCACUCCUUGACCAAUCUUCUUCCUCCCUCAUUCUAUCUACUCCUCUCCAUAUCUUUCAUCUUUUUUUCUUCCUAUUGCAUCUCUCUUAUUUCAUAACAUCUACACUUGUUUACACCUAUUCUCGGCCUUGUUUAUUACUUAUUUAUUUCCUCAUUCAAUCUAUCUGCAAUGCCAUUCCCUCACUCAUAUUACCUCACCUUACUACAUUAGUUAUUAUCAUCCAUAAUCAUUCUGCUCUUCUUAUCCAGCUUCCCUUAAUCCCUUCUUAUUUUAUUCCAUGCUAAUUAACUAGAUUUUUUGAUUAUUUUGAUCUCUCUUCCUUAUUUUUUCACUUAAUCCUCAUACAAUCUACCCCUUCCCUUGUACAUCCCUUCAACAAUUCCCCAUCCCAAGCUCCAUCUUUUUUCUGUUUUCUAUUUUUGGUGCCAACCGUCUGACUAGCUCAAUCAGUAGCUGCGUUACAGCACCAAUGACACGAGACUGCUAAACCAUGGCUACCACCAAUAAAAUUGAAAGAAUACUUAGCAGGUGUCCUCCUGAUAUGGAGCUGCACCACAACGCUCUCUGUGUUGGCCUCGUGAAAUUAUAUGAUGUAAAAUCCAUUUAGUUAUGUUGGGGCUAUCACGACAUACAUCUGCUUACUAGCUAGAGUACUAUAUACAUCUCUAAAACAAACUGGAAAACUGUAGUGUGAUAUAGGGGCUUAUUGUGAUUUUAUGUUAUUAAGAUAGCCGCUGAAAAAACACUCUCUGAGUACUCCAAAACCCACCGUUACAGAAAACUAGAUACUAAACACUCAAUGUUUUGGCGAUGUUCCACCUAACAACAUAAAGUGCGAGUGCAGCCCUUAAAUCAAUAGGGACUUACCCCUUAAUGUAAUAUUCAAAUAGCUGAACAUAAAAUGAAGAAAAUAGAAGAGAUAUAUAGUGUGAUAUUGUAUAAACCACCAAAAAAGGUGAGUGAAAAUGAACUCACAUAUAUUAGAGCCUUUUCUGGGUAUUGGCUCUAAACACACAGGUAUUUGUGCCUUAAGGUGGCAUACACAACCUCUCUUCAGUGUAUCAGACACUCCCAAUGGAUUAUGUCAGGAAAUAAACACAAAACAGGAAAAACGUCUUGGUACAGUAUUUGAUAUAUAAGUGGAUAAAGGUGGUAACAAAAUGUUUACCUCAUUAGGUUAGUAUAGUUAUAGUACAGGCAAAAUACCUUGUAUGUUGACCCAAUCCAGUUACAGUUAUGGUUAGUUCUUAUUUUCCUGAGCUUUUCAGCCUAUUAUCCAUUGUACUAAAUUCUCAAUAAAUCUCACAUUCAUAUUGGCUCAGUACACUUCAUAUACCAGUACCAAAACUGUAAUAGCCUGACCAAUUAUGCCACUUAAGUACUUAAUACUAAUUUUGUUCUCUCCCUACAUUUACAUUCCCCCUCCCCUGCUUCUCUUUUACUUACUAUAUAAAGCAGUGUACUAUUCAAUCCUAACUCUCACAACAACUAAUCAUAUAAAUUUGUGCUCGUGUUAACAAAACAAAAUUUGUUAUACCCCCCCUUAAGGUGCCAAUAUACAUUUUAAUUAUAUUUAGUUCCUAAAUUCCUUGGCAUUUCUGCCUCAACGCCAUUGUACUAAAUUCUAAAUAGCCUGUCCUCCAGACAGGUUUAAGUGUAUAAGAGAUUAUUAACUGCGGUCACUAUGAAAACCACAAAAUUCUAAUAGACUGAACACAAUAGUGUUGUUUAAGUGUAUCAUCCUAUUCCUAAAGAUGUUAUAGAGUGAUCUAUAAAAUUGUUUGACAUACCCACAUUCCUUUAAGUAGCUAUCUACUAAAUAUUUAAUUACAAUUAAUUCUCUUGUGAACCAAUUCCUAAUAUUGCUAUCUUUUCCAAAGUGACUAUUUACUUGAUAUCUAAAACCAUUUCCUGGUAUAUCUUAACACUUCAACCCAGAGUCAUAUACAUUUGUACAGGUGUUAGAGAGAGAGAGAGAGAGAAAGGGAAAAAAGGAAGAGAGGGGAAAAAUAAAAGAUUUCCAUAUCAAUCACAUUUUGCAUCCAUACAGCAAGUUUUUCUGGAGAGUCAAAAUGUUCCAUUCUGCCAUUUCAGUUGACUCUCAAUGAAGUGUGGAAAUCCCAUCUAUAGCUGAUAUUUUUUUGUCUCAAAAUAAUCAAGUUUGCGUUAAAGCUUUUUCUCCAAACUCUCGUGAGAUAUGAGAGAUCUUGAAAAAUGCUUAAGUUCUUGAACCUAUCAACCAAGAAUAGGCUUAUUUCUCAUCGCAGCCAUGAUUCUUUCCUUGGUUUGAUAGGAAUUAAUUUUCACAAUUACAUCUCGUGAGGGUGAAUCAGGAACAUUUUGAGGCUUGGGCAAUCGGCGACAUUGAUCAAUUAAAUAAUCAUGUGGUUCUCCAUCAGGGAUUUGGUUUUUAAAGAAUUCCAAAAGGAAGCCUUGUAGCUUAUCAUUUGGAAUUGCUUCUGGAAUAUUGCGAAUUCCAAUGGUCCAGAUCAGGUGGAAUCAAGGAUGGAAGGCCAGGGCCUGCUAGUCAAUUCCCGCAGCUCACUCCACUCGGCAUCCCGUAUCCCCACCUCACGACGUCAACGUCUCACACGUCAUUCAUCCGUCAGCAGAUUCCCAAAGGCCAUCUGUGAAAACCCUUUUUUUUUUUUUUUUAUAAUUCUUUAUUUUUGCUUUGACAGACAUUACAGCUUGUAAGCAUUAUUGGGGCUUGUGUAUAAGCCUAACAGCAAGAGGUACAAUGGCAUUUCAGUGAUACUGGAAAAAGCUAAUCGUUUGGUUAGGUAUACAUUUGUUGUGCGGAAGCUCUUGCUUUCUUCGUUGUUGACUGAAGCUGCAGUCCAUCAGUGUUUUUCCAUUUUUGUAAACGCAAUCAACUUUAAAACCUGGAAACACCCUAUUUGGUGUUUUCUUAAGGUAACUCGAACUUCUAAAACUUAGUGUCAUGACCUGUUAUUCUAUUUGUCUCAUAGUUAUUGUUGUUCUCCCUCCCCACUCCGCCCCCCGAUCCCCCCUCGCCCCCAUACUAUGGGCACCUGAGUGUAGCAUUACUUUUCUUGCGUGGGCCGUGUUUGUGAUGACUAUUCAUUAUCUGAUCCUUUACACUUUGCCCUGUCCGUUGUUGGGACUUUGGGCCCUCGCUGCGUCUCCCUCCCACAAUGCCUUUACCCUUUGUCGUGACUGUAAGUCCUCUUUGUGAAGAGCGUGUUAGAUACCUAGUAAUUUGCUCUUGCAAGCCCCCCUGGUCACAUAUUUGUUAUAAUACUUUGGGCUUGUGUGUUAGACGAUCCCCACCGUGCAGCUGCCGCCAUCCCGCCCCCCCUCAUCCUAUUUAUUUAUUAAUUUUCCGUGUAUAGUUGCCCUCUUCUGUGGAGAGAAGGCAGGAAGAGAGGAGGACGGGAUUAGUUUGGGUAUCAGGGAAGGGCGGGGAGGCAGCGGCCAUAAAAAAAAAAGGGGGGGGACCCGCCGGGCGCGCCCGCUGCGUAUGUGUGUGGUGGUGGGUGCCGCUUUGGUUGGCUUUAGCGUCUCAUGGUGUGCGUGCCAUUCUUUCUUUAUAUUCCUCCUACAGUUGCCACACCUUUGAAAAAGUGCCCAUGGUGUUCCGUACCUGCGCUGUCAAUUUGUCCAUGGUGAAAUUGUCCUGUAUUUUGUGGAUGACUUUGCUCAUAGGGGGCAUGUCGGGGCUUAGCCAUUGUUGGGUCAGUGCUCUUCUGGCUGCUAGGGUCAGUUUGUUAACUAGUUUCUGUUCUUUUGUCGUCAGGUCAUCCUGUGGUUUGGCUAAUAAAAAUGUCCAUGGGUCUCUGUGUAUUGGUCUCUCCAGGACUGCUGUCAUUAAUGUCUCUAUUUCCGACCAGAAUCUCACUACCUUGGGACAUGUCCACCACAUGUGGAUGUAUGAUCCUCUCUCACCGCAGCCUCUCCAGCAAGUAUCUGUAUUGGUUUUCCCCAUUCUAUAUAAUUUGGCCGGGGUGGCGUACCACCUCAGGAGGGUUUUAUAUGCCUGUUCCUGAAGUGUUACACAUAUGGAGACUUUGGCUGUCGCUUCCCAUAUAUCCCUCCAGUCCUCCCCUUCCAGUGUUUGAUGUAGAUCUUUCUCCCAUUGGGUGAUAUAGGUGAGGGGUUCUGCGUUCCUCUCCGGGGCACUAAGUUGUGCGUAAAGCCCCUUGCGUGUGGUUUCUGUUAUGCAUAAUCUUUCAAAGCUAGUCAUUGGAGCCUUAGCUACUUCUCUAACUCUAGGAUGGUUAGCGAAGUCCCUUAGUUGUAUAUAUCUGAAAAAGUCUCUAGUCUGUAAUGGCGCUGUCUGUUUUAGUUCGUCAAAGGUUUUGAAUGUGUCUCCGUCGUAUAGGUGAUAGUAUCUCUGCAGGCCUGCGUAUUCCAGACCUUUGAAGUCCCUCGCCCGCAUGCCUGGUGUGAAUGCCCUGUUUCUCAAAUAUAGGGUGAGAGGUGAGGGCAUUCUCGUUAGAGCAUAUUUUUGAGCGUUGGCGUCCCAUAUUUUAAUGGAGUUGAGUAUAGAUGGGCAGUCUGUGAGUAAGGGUGGUCUGUCUGCUUUUGGUACCCAGAUCCAAUACUGGGGAAGGUCUCUUCUCAUCACUAAGGAUUCCAGGUCUGCCCAUCUGCGUCUAUCUGGGGGUGAGUGCCACUCUAUUAUUUGGGCUAGCUGUGCUGACAGGUAAUACAGGUGAAGAUUAGGAAGUCCCAGUCCCCCUAGUCCCUUUGGUCGGUAGAGUAUGUGUCGGGCUAUCCUAUGUCUUUUGUGUGCCCAUAUAAAUUGGUUUAUGUUGGUUUGUAGGGAUUGUAGGUCCCCUUUCGUGACUAUUGUGGGCAGUGCCUGGAAGAGGAACAGCAUGCUCGGUAAUACAUUCAUUUUAAUUGCGUGAAGACGGCCUAUCCAUGAGAUCGGCUUCUCAUGCCAUUUUUCUAAGUCUUUUGUUAUUGUUUUGAUCAUUGGUGUGUAGUUUUCCGUAUACAGUCGUGAGACCUCUUUUGUUAGUUUGACCCCCAAGUAUUUUAUAUGUUGGUGGUUCAGCUUUAUAUACGUCAUCCUCCCUAUUAGCGCCGUGUCUUCCGCCGUCAACCCCAGCGGCAUGGCUUCUGAUUUGUCCAUGUUUAUUUUAUAGCCUGCCACCUGGGCGAACUCCUCCAGUAGCCGGACUAGACUCGGGAGGGAGUUCUCCAGGUCCGUGAGAGUGAGCAGGAUGUCAUCUGCGUACGCAGAUACUUUGUACUGCUCUGUUGCUAUUGUCAGUCCCUUUAUGUUUGGGUGUUCCCUAAUCCGGUAGAGGAGGGGUUCUAGGGCUAGUAUGAAGAGGAGCGGCGAGAGAGGGCAGCCCUGCCUCGUGCCGUUACUUAGUUGAAAUGGUUUUGGGAUCGCUCCUGGUAUGGCUAUUUGGGCCUGUGGAUUCAUGUACAGUGCUUUGACCGCUGUGAUGUAGUUUUCUGGUAGGCCUAUGUGACGCAAUAGGGCGAACAAGUAAUACCAUUGGAUCCUGUCGAAGGCCUUCUCCGCGUCCAGCGAUAGGACGAGAGAAGGCGUCCUAGUUUUACCGGCCCACCAGAUCAGGUCUACUGCACGUCUAGUGUUCUCAUUCAACCUUUUUUAACUUUUUAACACAUUUUAUAGCAGUUCUGAUUUUGGUAUACCACCUUUAUCCACUUAUAUAUAAAAAACUGCACCAAGACAUUUUUCCUGUUUUGUGUUUAUUUCUUGACAUAUUCCAUUGGGAGUGUCUGAUACACUGAAGAGAGGUCGUGUAUGCCACCGUAAGGCACAAAUACCUGUGUGUUUAGAGUCUAUACCCAGAAAAGAGUAAAUUAAUUUUCACUCACCUCUGUUUUUUUAUAUAUAUAUAUAUAUCUCUUCUAUUUUUUCCAUUUUAGGUUCAACUAUUUGAAUAUUACAUAUGUAAGGAGUGAGUCCCUAUUGAUUUUAGGGCUGCAUUCGCACUUUAUGUUGUUAGGGGGAACAUCACCUAAACAUUGAGUGUUUAAAAUCUAGUUUACUAUAUACAUCUGAUGUUUUCCGACCCCUUUUAGAGAACGUGUUCUUUUCCAGUACAGGGUAUCUGGUGAAAGGCGUUACAUGUGAACAGAUCGAUAGAAUGAGCAAACCCAGCUUUCUUAACCAUUACAAGCUCUUCGAAAAGAAUCUUCAUUUACUUUCGCCAUUUCAGGUAAAUCUCUUAUUUUUAUCAAUUGUUAAAGUUUUGGAUUAUUCUGGGGAGUAUAUAAUAACAGACCUUGACAAGAGUCCAUUAACAUAAAGGGAUACCAAUCCCAGUAUUCUGGAAGCAGAUUCAACCGAAUUUACCUUCACAAACUGUUUAAAUUUUGUGUCUAAGUUUCUUUUGAUUCCACACGAUGUAUUUCAUACUUUUAAUGUUUUGUCUCGUUGGUGUUGCUCCCUGUGCACUAAUUUGAGAGAUUUCAACCAUUGGCAAAAUAAACAAUUGUUUAAAAAAAAAAAAAAGAUUUGAAAUCAGGAGAUCUGGCAAAUUGAAGAUAUACCCUUUAAACACAGAGCUGGCUCUAAUUCUAAUUUUGGUGUGACAGCUGGAAAUAAAACAAACCUGAAAUUUAUGAACAAUUAUAUUUAGAGAACAGUUCAGGGCAAUUUCUGAACAGAUACUGGUGAUGUGACUCAAAUGGUAUUCGGAGUUCUAUUACCAAAUACCUUCCAUUUUUCCAUUGGUUCAUUGCUCUUAGAGAAAAACAUUAUCUCAAAUUUCUCCCAGGAUAUUAGUUUGGCUUCAGGAUAUCAGCAGCUUCCCAUUGUAAACUGUGCCAUUGUCAAGGAUCACCCAGCCACAGUUAGAUCAAACAUAAAUGUGGCAACGUCCCAACAAAGUGAAAUGAAAUCCCAGAAACUUAAAUAGAAUUAUACACAGAGAACCAAAUAUCGACACAAUAUAUAAUGUUUACUGAGGGAUUGUAGAUAAAAUUAUUGCUGUGAGCACUUCCGUGAUUUAAAGUGGUCAUGGUGCCUGGAGUCUGUAUGUGCAUUGUUUCACUUUGAAACUUAGUAAAUACAAAGUUAAACCCUUCUGAUGCCAGUAGGAACACUAUAGUGUUAGGAAUACAAAUAUGUCACUGUCAGUACUGUUAGGGUUAAAGAAGGUAGUUCACUUACCUUUUCUCCCUCACAGCAUCGGUCUCCAUCGGUCUCCAUGGCCCUGCCUCUUUAGAUGAGAUCAUCAAGAUUGAUGAUCUCAGCCAAUCCAAUGCUUUCACAUAGGAUAUCAUGGGAAGGCUAGUGUGAAUGUGUGGCAACACGCCACUCUGCGCCAAUCAGAGUUUUACUCAGCUAUUUCCCAGACGCGCCCCUACAUGCAGGUUAACCCUGCAAUACAUGCAUUGCCGUUUCAUGCAGAAAGGCAAUGCUUUCAACUACCUCCGUUAAGACGGGUGGCACAUGACACCAUGACCACUUUAUUAAGAUAAAGUGUUCCUUUACACCUCACACUAAUCUAAGUAAAUUCUAACAUCUGAAUAUCAUGAGUAAUAAUUCAUGAGGCAAGUGAGGAAUAAAACAUCCCUAAAGUAUUGUAUUUCCUUAAACAUCCCAUCAUACUUUGCAAUGUAUAGAAAGGAACAGAGAAACAUUUGCCACUCAUCCCACUGUACAGCAUUGCGGAAUUUGUUGGCGCCUUAUAAAUAACAAUAAUUAGACUUCCUUCACAUUACCAAAGAUUCCCUUAGCAAUGGUUUGUCUGUUAUUUCAUAUACAAGCCAAAGUACACUUAAGAAUUAAAAUGAACAAUUAUCUGGCCACUCACAGCUGUUACACCAAAUGUUGCACUGGCACAAAUGCAAAGAUAGAUAAGCAUUAAUAAAGUUAGUUUUCUAAAAUAGUUUAUCUAUGCACAGCAUUAUUAAAGGGAAAGCCACAAAAAUAACAUUUGUUUUCUCUGGACUUUAGGUUCACACCCCUUUGCUAUUAAAAAAAAUAUGAAGAUUACUCACCUCGUUUCCAGCUUUGGGACACCUCUAUUGGAUCCACCUUCUCCCCUGCUCCACUGUUGAAGAUGUCAAAAUAUCUGCUGAUGUCUUCUGAGAUCUUCUCCAAUUCAAUGCUUCUCAUGAAGAAACAAUGGAUUGGAGAUAUGCUUCCCCGCAAAAUGCUUUGCUUCUCCAAUCGAAUCAGGACCGAGUUCCACUCUGUUUUGGAAUAGGAAGAAUUGCCUCUUGUGGCUGUCUGGAAGACAACCACUACAGGUGUAUUUAACUCUGCAAUACAAACAUUUUAGUUUCUACAAAACUGCAAUGAUCACUGCCUCCAGACUACUUCAUUGAGAUGAAUAGGUCUUGGUGACUCUAGCGGUUCUUUAAAAUAAACAUUUACAUUUAGAAUUGAAGGUCUAGCACACUUAGGGAACAGGACGUUUGGCCCAUUAGAUUGACCCUGCACACAUUGUCUACUUCAUUCCCAGAAUACUGCAAGACAAGAUACAAAAGAACAGUCUGUGUUAAUAAUAUUUAUUAAUGUUUGUCUGUUUUUGUCCUACACUAACAAAACUAUAUUUAUCAUCUUAGAUACACUGUCUGGCUUGGAGAUAUUGGAAAAUUUCCCAGGCAACCAUUCCUCCUUUUCUGCUAGCUGUCCUACCGUAAGUCUGGAUCUUCAAAGCCUUUUACUAAUAUUUUUUACAAAUCACUUUUCUAUUCCAUUAGAGUUUAUGCAAAUGGUAGAAUCUACCAUUUGACUACAGGCAAGCAAAACACAGUUACUUUGAUCAUCUCUGCAAUAAUGCAAAAGAAGAACCAGGGUCGUACAAUUCCCCCUCGGGGCUAACGCAUAUAAGUGAUAUAUCCGAGCAUGAAAUAGGAGCUCAGUUUCCUCCUUGCCAAUCAUAAUGUUAAAAUGAAUAUAUGGUAAUAUGGCCUUUAAGCUAUGCACUUACAUGCCAACAAUAUUCUGAAAUUUUGAUGACGGAACCUACUGCAUUAUGUUAUAUUUCCGUUCUUUUAACUCUUUGGCUACAUGUUGGGUGGGAAUAUACUGCUCUGCGAACCUUCUGGUCAUCAGAAGGUAAAUUGCUGCAAUUUAUAUUAAGAUUUUAUGUUGCGAUACAAAUAUUUCGGUACACAGCAUUGUUUUCAUUGGCUUAAAAUGUCUAUGUAAAUAUAUGUUAAUAAGUUAGUGUUUCCAUACCCUUUAACUUUCAGUUCAGAAUAUUUUGUGUCCUAUCCUCCUGCAUGCGGAUCAUUGUUAAUUAGCCUGGGAAAAAUUGAUCUGGACUCUCUGCUGUUAAAUAAACACAAGAAAGAAAUUAUAAUUAACAAAAUCAACCAGUGCUUGGUAAGAGUUUAUUGUACUUCUUCUUUAACAAUCCCUGUUCUGAGCUAAUAAUAUGCUUUGCUGUAAUAUUGAGUUGUAUCAAUCUUGGUUAUUUGUCAUGUUGUUGCAUGUGUGGUUCUGUUUUGUGAGCAGAAUGAGCCGCUCUACCUAUUUAUUUUUGUUUUUUUCAUGGGACGCUAUUUUUUAGGGUAUGCCUGUAAUAUAACAAUUGUGCCAUGGGUUUCUGAACUAUAAAGGCUUCUUAUCCAGCCCUGGUGAUACCAGGGAUUUGCCUCAAUUACAUCCACUGCCCUCUUAAAGGGACACUAUAGUCACUAAAACAACUUUAGCUUAAUUAAGUAGUUUUGGUGUAUAGAUCAUGCCUCUGACGUUUCACUGCUUAAUUCGCUGCCAUCUAGGAGUUAAACUACUUUUGUUCCUGUUUAUGCAGCCCUAGUCACGCCUCCCCUGUGACUCACGCAGCCUGCAUUAAAACUAAAUGGUUUAAUUUUCAAUCGGAUGUAACUAACAUGCAGGAGGCUCCUGCAGGGUCUAGCAAGCUAUUAACAGAGCUGUAGAUAAGAAAUUCUAAAUUGAAUAAACAAACUGUAAACAUUAGAUGAUUCUUUAUACAGGAAGUGUUUAGGAAGUCACAUACAGGGAGCUGUGACUAUGGCUGCAUAAACAAAGUGAUUUAACUCCUAAAUGACAGGGAUUGAGCAGUCAGACUGCAGGGCCAUGAUCUAUACACCAAAACUGCUUCAUUAAGCUGUUUAAAGUAAUUUUGGUGACUAUAGUGUACCUUUAAUAUCAAGUCAUAUGUAACACUAUAAUUACAUCUUACAUCGUCCCAUGAUGGAAAAAACAUAUGUCUAAUACGCACUAAUAUUCCCAUCCGCAGCUAGAAAACUCCAUCCUUAGGCCCAGGUGCAGAUAUUGGCUUAUCCUUAGUCCAGCCAAUUUGACCUCUACGUAUGAGAACCUAAAAAGUAACACACCUGCUUCUCAGACUGUUUAAAUACGUUUGAACAAUAUAAAGGACAAGAGAGUAUUAUAGCAUAUGCUGUCAACUAAACAUAGUUUCAUUAUCUAAAGGACAGAAUGGAACCAUUACAUAUCUAAAACUACAGGAGCAAAUUCUUCACCUAGGUAGCCUAUACAGAUGGACAUCGCCCAAGUGACGGGCUUCCUAUUCUAGAGAGACAUUCCUAGACCUAUUGUACACUUUAAAUUCUUGACUUUCUUCGGACAUCUAAAAGAAACCUUAGAUGUAGAGAUAAGUCUGACCUUUGACUUAAAACAAUCUUUCUCAAGCAGAAAUCUCAAGCAUAUCUGGUGCAUACAAUAAAGUGUGAUUGAGUUUACUGAUAACAUCUUGUAACCCUGUGCCAGCAGGAAUACUAAAGAGAGUUUAACACAUGUUCUCUCUGUCUUCUAGAAUGGUUCUAUAACUGAUGUCUACCAAUUAGACAUGCUUGGGAACCUCGUCUGUCAUUUGUCUCCAGGUAUCAUUCGCGAUGGCUUAUCUACAGGUGUGAUUGAAGCAACAAUACACCGGAUGAAGUCUUGUACAAGCCUAAGUCAAAAGCAAAAUGUAGACAUUAAGCACAAAAUCCUGGAGCAUUAUGGGUAGAUCCUAUCAAAUUAUUUAUGCAUGUAAUGUUUGUGUUCUAUGCCAGUAUAUAUCCAUCCUCAUUAACUUGGCUUUCAUCAUUUUUAUUGAGAAACCCACUGAGCUGGACAUCAGAAACUGUUCAGGAUAUGACAGCAUUUUGGAACCUGCUAUCGGAAGAAGAAUUCAAUGGAAUAUUAAAAAAGGUAUUUGUUAUUAGUUUCUCUGAGGACCCACUAAAAAGCAAUUUAAGUGCUGAUAAUAUAUGCAGUUUAGAUAGAUGGCUUUAAUAGUAUAUGAAUGUCUCCAGAACCCCGAAAUUGCAUUAUUUUCCACAAUUAGCGCAUUUUGUGUCUGUUUUAUUACAUGACUGUUUUUAAAACAAUAUUUUUAAAAGUAGUUCUUGGGUUGGGGCUAGUAUAAGCAAGACGUGGGUAGAAUAACAAAAUUGGACAGAUGCAGGAAAGACUUACAACAUGUGAAUAAGAAUAUUCUGUUAUAAUAUUAGCCAAUAUGGCUUAACUCCUGCCUGACCCUAAAAAUUAGUGGACUUUAAGUCCACUCAAUAUUCUUGGUUUUAGACAUAAGCAUAUUGGGAUAUGCACAUAUGCUUGUGCAUGUGAUUGCAAAGAUAACAAAACAUAAAUCUAACGGUAAUCAGAGGGAUUUAUCAAAGUUUUGUGAACUAAAAAGCAAUGCUAGUGGUGAGUAGUGAUGUCCCUAACGGUUCGCCGAACGGUUCGCGAACGGUUCGCCACGAACGGUUCGCCACGUACUCCAGUCAGCAGACACAUUCCAGCCAAUCAGCAGCAGACCCUCCCUCCCAGACCCUCUCACCUCCUGGACAGCAUCCAUUUUGAAGCUGCAUUCUUAGUGAGCUGUCCAUGAGGUGGGAGGGCCUGGGAGGGAGGGUCUGCUGCUGAUUGGCUGGAAUGUGUCUGCUGACUGGAGUCCGCGGCGAACCGUUAGUGAUGAGGUUUACUGGUGGUGAGUUGGUAGACUCUACCCUUUGAAUUUGACUUGUUAGGCCCUUCCCAUAUGACUCCAUGUAAAUAAUCCCAGACCAACAGAGGCCAUGCCCUGUUCAACACCAUGAACCUAAAGAUAUAGUUAUUUUUGUAAUAACAACAACUACUUUGAAGAGAUCCAACACCAACUUCUAAUGACCACUAUAGAAGUCAGGCGCUGUAAGAGAGGCGCUGCCAAAAUAAUCAUGACAGACACAACCUGUUAUAUUCUAAAACACUCUUAUCAUGAAAAGUGGAGAAAGCACCAUGGAAUCUGCCUUCUUGAUUCACUUUUAUAACUUUGCACCACUUGUCAGAUCCUAACACUUUGAUAAAUCUCCCCUGAAUCAUAGAUGAAUCCUGGCUUAUGAUAUUUCAUGUAAUUGUUACACUCUGAUCCAUGGACUUUGGAAUGACCUGUUUAUUUGGAAUUUGCAGAUCUAUACAGUCCUAUUACCAUUAAUUGAGAAGAACAUUAUAUUCUGAUACAGAAAGUUUCAAAGGCUAGUUUGUUAUAACAGAAGCUAUCAUUGGUCCUUAUUAUGUUAAAUAUUAGAAAUAAACCGAGGGGAGGCUUUUUAUGCACACGUGUUUGAGACUACAUUCCUACCUUAACAGUAACACGCUUAUAUUGUCAUUUUAACUUUAUACAGAGAACGUGAGCGCAUGUUGCAUUAUCAAUUUUCAUGCAGUUGAUAGUAAAAAGAGAAGGAAUCUGUUAAAAAUAAAAACCCAGAUAAAACUAAGUGCAAAAUGCUGCGACUCAUCAUUACCAGGUUCAUCUCCUAAAUACCACUGAGCAUGAUAUUUAACAAACACUCUUUUGAUUCUUGAUAUAUUUUUGUUCUUAUCUCCCCACUUGAAUGUCUUUGGAAAGUUCCUGAAUACAGUUGUGCAGAUGGUAUCGGAGGCGGCAGGAAUUUCUCUGAGUGAGGGGAUGCUAUCAGCUCUAUUUCACGCAGUACAGGCAUUUAAUGCCAACGCCUCAGUACCUAAUCAGACAACAGGUAAAGAUUCUUUCUCCCACCUGUGGCCGCCCUAACGUCACAGUGGCGACAUUUUCUUCUGAUCCCUCUGAUACUGAAAAGGCUCUUUGUGUGUCUUGGCUAACACAAAUGCCUUUUCAGAUAUAAAAUGACCUGAACUAUUUAGAUUGAAGAAGAGGAAUUGUAUUGGUAACCUGGGGAGAAAUGUAGCCAACAGAUCUCAAUUCUUACUUUAUUCUCUUUCAUAGGUCCCUAUAAAAAUGAGAUAUUAUUACUUUUUAGUUGGGCUCUUUGACAGGGGACCAUGUCUAAUAGUGCUCUAAAAAUAUUUCAAAGUAUGUCGACACUAAUUAAAGGAGAAUCAUCACUUUUCUAGAAAUGACACCAUUUAAUAAAAUAUUGAAAAUCACUUAUAACUAGAGUUGAGCAAACUUGAACUGUAAAGUUCGGGUUCGUACCGAACAUUACGAUUUUUUGACCCCGAACCCGAGCCCGGACAUUUUAGUAACAGUUCGGGUUCGAUUUCGGUGUUCGGCGAUUUAAUGGCGCGUUUUGAAAAGCUGCAGGGCAGCCAAUCAACACGCGUUUGACUCGUGUGCCCUUAGAAGCCAUCACAGCCAUGCCUACUAAUGGCAUGGCUGUGAUUGGCCAGUGCAGCAUGUGACGCAGCCUCUAUAUAAGCAAGUAGGGGCAUGUCUAUUAAACAGUGAGUAACCCGCCGCUCAGGGGUGGGGCCGGGGGGAGGACAAUAGGUUCCCCCCCCCCAUUAUUUUACUUUAGGGCCACACUCGCCACUCGGGGGUGGGGGCCGGGGGGAGGACAAUAGGUCCCCCCCUUAUUCGAAUUUAGGGCCCCCACCCACCGCUCAUGGGUGGGGGCCGGGUGGGGGCUGGGGGGAGGAAAAUAGGUCCCCCCUUAUUUUACUUUAGGGCCCCCACCCGUCGUUCAGGGGUGGGGGCUCUGGAGGUGGGAACCUUUUUUUUUUUUUAACAGUGAGCAGCCAUAGACUGCUCACUGUUUAAUAGACAUGCCCCUACUCGCGGUAUAGCGAGUAGGGACAUAAUUUACUAAUACUAAGUAAUCUUGACUGGCCAAGUAACUUACAUUUUAUAUGAAUGUGUGUUACUUGAUUGUUGUAAGUGUUGCAAAUUCUUACAGCUGAAUCCUGGCUAUGUUUGCAUACUUUUUAUUUAAAAUUGUAUACACUGUAACAUUCUUCUUCUUCCACUGGGUAAGUAUAUUAGUACUUAGACAAUACAUUUUACUUCCUUUUGCAGCCCUCUAACCCUUUCCAGGACUUUUUUAGAGCCAUUUUAGUGCCCAAAAUUUCGGGUCCCCAAUGACUUCAAUGGGGUUCGGGUUCAGGGUCAAUUUCGAGUCCCAAACUCAAAACUUUUUGCCGAAGUUCGGCCGAAACCGGCAAACCCGAACAUCCAGGUGUCCGCUCAACUCUACUUAUAACAUGUGUUAACAUUAUUCGCAUGUGAUUUUUAUUUUUUUUAAUGUAUAUUAAAGAUUCAGCAGUUGACAUUACAAUCCAGUUCAGUCCAGGCACUGCCAAGGCACUCACUGCUUGUUCUUUGUUGACUGACAGGUUAAAAGGGCAGUGUUUAUAGCAGUGAUUGACAGAAAGCCCGGAUAGCUUUGUUAAAGAAUAGUGGUCAAUUAAAUUUAGCACAUUUCUACAUUUAAUUUUAUUCAUCAGACUUUACAAAUAUAUUCAUUAAAUAUAAGGGAGAAGAAAAAUAAUAUAAAAAAUUCUGGUGGGUAACAUCUUACUUUAAAGUGUAAAUACAGAAACCACAGUCUUCACUAUGUAUAAUAACACAUCUGACUCUACUAUCGAAAUUAGCGAUCUACUCUAUCACUUUAAAUACAAGACAGAGCAACAUAAUGCCUUAAUGGAGAUUUUAAGUAAUGCGUUUUAUUCUCCAUAACAGAUAUACGGCUCAGUUCUUGCACUCAGAGUCGCCUUGUGAGAGUUUGUUUUUUUGUUGUUGUUGUUGAAUAUUGGGAGCACGUGAACUCUAUAUGCUGGUUUUACAGAGAUUAUUCUAUUAAUUGUGGACAAUUUUAUAUAGUCAAACAGUUUAAAAAAAAAUUAGGAUUGACAUAUGCUGAUUACUUUUACAGAAACUAUAGACAAUUAAUAUAUUGAUCUAUGUUUUUAUCAAACUAUUAUCCCUGUGCUCUUGUGAAUUCGUAUAGUGAAAAAAAAUGAUUUUUUUCACUAUAAGAGGAGCCAAUAAAUUUCCCCAAUAAUCUCAAAUUACAUUUAUCAAAAUCACAUUUAUUAUUAUUUUUUUCUUUAAAAAUAGGUAUACUUUUGCAGUUGAUUAUGAUCCUUCAUAAAUGAAGCCUUGCGCAGUGAAAAACGUGAAACAAACAGUAAAUGUGUCUAUUUGUCUUGCAUUUGCAGAGUGUACUGGAAUCACUUCGCCUACUGACGAGAAUAUUGUAAUCUUGGCAGAAGCCAAUUCAUAUUGGUCUUCUAAAGAAUUAUACUGCAUGGGCAGAGAAACCUUUCACAGAAAUGUGCAUAUCCUGGGUUCUAUAAGCGGCUUCAACCACUCUCAGCUCUCAGCCCUGAAGAAUAAAGCCAAAGAAGUAAAAUUAUUGUGUAUUAUUGUGUAUAUAAAAUAGAAAAAAAGAACAAUUUCCUCCCUCUCCCCCGAAAAACUAACUCAACAACUGAAGACUACAGGCAGGGCCGGACUGGGGAAAAAAUUCGGCCGGGCAUUUUUUUAUCACAGCGGCCCAUUAAGAAUGGGGCGGGGCAGAGAGGGUGUGUUUUGUCAUCACUCAUGACAAACACGCGCCCUCUCAAAGUGAGCAUGUUGGUUCAAUGCUCUUCCAGGGCAGACCAUGCACAGAGCUCUGCUGAAGACCUCUAGCAUGAGAAAAAAGCCCUGUAUUUGUUCUGUGCAGUGCAAGCAAAUUUAAUAACAUGCUUGCACUGUGUUUCCUUGCAACUUGUCUCUGGUGUCUCUAUAAAUGGAUACCAGGAGACAAAGGGGCCAGGAAAGAGUAUUGUGCAUGUGUUUGGAGCCUGCUUGUGGUAUUGCGUGUGUGCAGAGUGAGCUGGUCGUGGUGUGGUAUUGUGUAAUAAGGUCGGUUUUAGUCGUGUUUUGUUUGUGGUGUAAUGUAAUGCAUAUGUGGCUAGGGGCUGUAGAGAAUGUGUCUAUAGGGGAUGUAGCAAGUGUGUGUAUACAGGCUAUAGUGUGUGUGUGUGUAUAUAUAUACAGGCUAUAGUGUGUGUGUGUGUGUGUGUUCGUGUUCAGGGAAUGUAUGGGUUUGCUUAAAAGGAAUCUAGUGUGCGUAUAGGGGAUCCAGUGUGUGUGUGUGUGUGUGUGUGUAGGACCCAGACUACGUAUAGGAGAUCUAGUGAGCGUGCGUAUAUAACGGAUUCAGAGUGUAUAUAGGGAUCUGGUGUGUGUAGAUGAUUCAGAGUUGGGUAGAGGAUCUAGUGUGUGUCUGGAAUGAAAUAUGUUUAGGGGUGCUGUGUGUGUGAGGGGUGCUGUGUAUAUAUAUAUAUAUAUAUAUAUAUAUAUAUUAUAUAAAUAUGUUUGGAAGUAUUGUGUAUGUGUGUGAUGCAGUGUAUCGGGGGGUUGUGUGUGUAUGUGAGGGGUGCAGUAUGUGUGUGUGAGUGCUGUGUAUGAUGUGUGUGAGUGCUGUGUAUGAUGUGUGUGAGUGCUGAGCGUAAUAGUGCUGUGUAUGAUGUGUGUGAGUGCUGAGUGUAAUAGUGCUGUGUAUGAUGUGUGUGAGUGCUGAGCGUAAUAGUGCUGUGUAUGAUGUGUGUGAGUGCUGUGUAUGAUGUGUGUGUGAGUGCUGAGUGUAAUAGUGCUGUGUAUGAUGUGUGUGAGUGCUGGUGAGUGCUGUGUUGAUGUGUGUGAGUGCUGAGUGUAAUAGUGCUGUGUAUGAUGUGUGUGAGUGCUGAGUGUGCUGAGUGUGAGAGUGCUGAGUGUAAUAGUGCUGUGUAUGAUGUGUGUGAGUGCUGUGUAUAAUGUGUGUGAGUGCUGAGUGUAAUAGUGCUGAGUGUGAUGUGUGUGAGUGCUGUGUAUGAUGUGUGUGAGUGCUGAGUGUAAUAGUGAUGUGUAUGAUGUGUGUGAGUGCUGUGUAUGAUGUGUGUGAGUGCUGAGUGUAAUAGUGCUGUGUAUGAUGUGUGUGAGUGCUGAGUGUGCUGAGUGUGAGAGUGCUGUGUAUAAAUGUUGUGUGUUAGGGGGUAAAUAAACAAAUAAAAACCUAAGUGGGAAUAAAUAUACAAAUAAAAAAAAAUAAGGGGGGUAAAUAAACAAAAACACUAAUCAUGCAUUAUCCCCCCCCCCCCUCCCCUUACCUGUAGCCUGGGAGGAGGAGGGGUCCGGCACGCUGGUGAGUGGGGGGACCAGCACUCACACACGAUCCCAGGUGGUCCAAUGGUGACUCUCGCGAGAUCGGGGCGUUGCCAUGGCAACGCUCCCGAUCUCGCGAGAGGAACCCGGCGGAGCUGCAAAAUAGAGCUCCGCCGGGUCCUCUCCCUCUCUCCCCAGCCGCAGGUCUAUUUAAAUGGGCCGGUGAGGGAGAGCUUUGAUCUCCCCACCGGCCCUCCAUGGCAAACAGCGGGGCCGGCGCUCGGAUAGUGCCGGCCCUGCAUAGACCGGCAGGGGAUGUCCUGGGACCUCCCCUGCCGGCCUCGGCCCAUGGCCACCGCGGCCCACCGGGCAUUUGCCCGGUGUGCCCGAUGGCCAGUCCGGGCCUGACUACAGGAUUGGAAUGGUGGUGGGAAAGGGAGGACAAUUUGCGUAGUGGCCUAGUCCCCUAGACCCUUUGUACUUACAUAUGACAUCUCAGCUUGUGGGCUUUUAGGGUGUAUGUGAUACCAGGCUGACACCCCUAUUCAGUGCCCCCUUUCUAGACAGGCUCACAAAUUGUGGUCAUCAUCAGUGACACCCGCCCAUGUUCUGAUCACGUACCUCCUAAUCUUGGGAGGUAAGUAUCCAAUAACAAAUCAUCACAACAGGCUUGCUUUCUUGGCUUAAUGUAUUUUAUAACAGCUUGAAGUGUCUUGUAGCCUCUCCAUUGCUGUACUCCAAACUCUGUCUCUUCUCCCAUCAGCAUCACCAUCCCAAUCCUUUUCCUCUAUGCACAAAAAAAAUCCAGUUUUAUAUGCUUAUAUCAAAGAAAAGCUCAGGAGCUCAUGAUGCCUGUAUCUGGACUGUUGCCCCAUUUCUUUUUUUAAAAUAAAAUGUUCAGUGUUUUAGAAAAACAGUCCACUAAAUACAACAGACAUAGUCAAAUACAGAACUGAUUAAAAGGAUAAUUCAAUAUAGAAUUUUAUAAUAUUUUGUUAUCCUUAAAGGGACUCUCCAGUGCCAAAACAUAUUAGUUUUCCUGGCACCUCAAGUUGCUGAUGGGGUUUAAUGCUUUCCUAUGGGGAUUUCGGCAACGCUGGAGUUCCUCACAUAGCGUGAGGACGUCCAGCGUCACUUAAAACACUUUUCGUGUUCUAAGAACACGGAAGUCCCUCUAGUGGUUGUCUUGUAGAGACAGCCACUAGAGGAGGACUUAACCCUGCAAGGUAAUUAUUGCAGUUUAUAAAAACUGCAAUAAUUACAGUUGCAGGGUUAAGGCUAGUGGGAGUUGGUACCCAGACCACUCCAAUGGGCAGAAGUGGUCUUGGCGCCUGGAGUGUCCCUUUAAUAGCCAUGUGUGCUACAACAGAAGUGAUGACCAGAGAUAAGGCUAUAGUGAAGUUUGGGGGGGAAAAAUAAAAGGAUAAGGGGGAAAAAGAAACAAAACAAAUAGUGGGAUGGGCGGCAUGUUCAGUGACCCUAAAUAUGUUCUAUGUUUUAUAUAAGUGGUUUCCAAACCAGUCCUCAUGAUCCACUAUCAAUCCUGGAUCUAUGUAUUUCCCUUUUUUUUUAUUCCAAUAGAGAUACUGACAAAACCUGGACUGUUGGUGGGUUAUGAGGACUGGUUUGGCAACCACUGUUCUGUAUGUUGGCAUCAAUAUAAUUGCCCAUUGUAUAUUAUGGAGAUUACAAUUCUGGUGGUGUAAUUCUAGCAUUCUUUAAAAGGUGUGGGGUAACAUGUCAGACUGGAGAAGUUACCAUGUCACCUCUCUAGGACGUAUUGCGACCGCUCUCAGUGAACAAGAAAUAGACCAGCUGGAUUUAAGGUCCAUAGAUGCAGUCUCUGCACUGGGCAAGCAGGAAGAAUGGACAUUUGCCCAGGUAAGCAUGUUGGGAUAUAAAGGAACUAUUCAAUAUUAAAACCUUUACCCCAAGACAUAAAGACACAUUUGAAUAUAUAAUUUCUGGAGAUUUUUUUUGACAAGUCAAAUUUGCUAUUUCUUACAUGCUUCAAAUAUUACAAGCACACCAUACAUACCCUUGUCUGAAUAUAAAAUGAUUACGAAUUUAUGCUUCUACAGAAAAGGUCCAUUCUACAAGGGUUUCUGAACAAUUCUAAUAAAUCCUUGAAGGAUUUAAAGAGCUUUGACCUAGCAGGACUGGGAGGCAUUUUGUGUGCAGCUAAAGAAGACGAAAUAAAUCAGAUCCAAACAUCUGAAUUUCGGUACGUAACUUUGGCAGCUGAAAUGUUAUUAUUCCGGGGACAAACUAAACCUCACCCUAUUUUCUCAACUCAUAAGAUGUCUAUAUUAAUGGAAAACUCUAAGCAGUUAUGGUGCUUAGAUAAUGCAGUCUCUCUGCUCUUUUGGAGUUAAAUUGUUAUUCAUCCCUUGUCAUACCUAUACUGUCUGUGACUGACAGUCAACAUGAAAAUUUUUUUUUAAUUUUAUAUCAGAUCUUACAGUACAGCGUGUUUACUUUAGAACUUUUUAUCUUCUGCUUUGUUAAAUGAACGCUAAUUGCACACUAGAGGCUGUUAACCGAGCAGGAAAUAAGAGAUUCUAAAUGAAACAUACUGUGCAACAAGGAAAGCUUUUACAUUAUUUUUGUGCACCAUCCUCUCAUCCCCCAUAGUACGGAAGUAAACCAUUUUGGAAUGGUUUGACUUUUUACCCAGGGUCUGUUGUGUGCUGGUCCCACUUCAUUCAACUGAUGCUCUCCGCCAAAGAGCUAGCCCAGCAUUGUAGUCCUAAGCUCAAGGGUGCUUUCUACUUCUCCAUAGAAAGCAAUGCAAACAGGGAGUGUCAUGCAGUGGGCCCCAGGUAACUAAUCAAACCAUUCUAAAACCAUUUCACUCCUUACAAUGGCGAGUGCCACUGCACUCUUGGCACCAUAAACACUACAGCGCACUGGUGUUCCUGUAAGGGCUAUUUGUCCUGAACAACAGGAAUAUUUCAGAUCUGGAAGUCAUAUUGAUAUUUUAGUGACAUGGAUCUAAAUAUGAAGAAGAAAUAAAUUAUCAUCUUUGCUUGAAUCCAGGCAACUCUACACUGAUCAGCUACAACAUUAAAACCACAGACAGGUAAAGUGAAUAACAUUGAUUAUAUUGUUACAAUGGCACAUGUCAAUGGGUGGGAUAUAUUGGGCAGCAAGUAAACGGUCAGUUCUUGAAUUUCAUAUGUUGGAAGCAGGAAAAGUGAGCAAGUGAAACGAUCUGAGUGACUUUGAGAAGGGCCAAAAAGAGAUGGCUAGAUCGCUGGGCAUUUCUAAAAUGUCAAGUCUUUAGUGGUGUUCCCACCAUGCAAUGGUUAGCACCUACCAAAAGUGGUGCAAAGAAGGACAACUGGUGAACCAGCUUCAAAAUCAUGGGCCCCCAAGACUCAUUGAUGCACUUGGGGAGCGAUAACUAGCCAGUCUAGUCUGAUGGCACAGAAUAGAUAGUGUAUUUCAAUUGGUGAAAAAUCUAAUGCUGGCCAUGAUAGAAAGGGGUCAGUACACAUAGUUCAUUGCAGGUUGCUAUGUAUGGGCCUGUGUAGCCGCAGACCGGUCAGAGUGCCCAUGGUGACCCAUGUCCACCACCGAAAGCACCUUCAAUGGGGACACGAGCAUCAGAACUUGACCAUGUAGCAAUGAAAGAAGGUUGCCUGGUCUGAUGAAUCAUGUUUAUUUUUACAUCAGAUGGAUGGCGAGGUGUGUGCGUGUCUUUUACAUGGGGUAGAGAUGAUAGCAGGAUGCAUUAUAGGCAGAAGGCAGAGGCAAUGUAAUGUUAGUGGCAAUGAUCUGCUGGGAAACCUUUGGUCUUGGCAUUCAUAUGGAUGUUACUUUGACAAGUACCACCAACCUAGAGAUUGUUGCAGAUGAUUUAUACCCCUUCGUGACAAUGGUAUUUCCUGAUGGCAGUUGCCUCUUUCAGAAGGAUAAUGCAUCCUGCCACACUGCAAAAAGUGUUCAGGAGUGGUUUGUGGAACAUGACAAAGAGUUCAAAAUGUUGCCUACCCCUGAACUAGGACAUAGUUACUAGGUAAUAUGUUACAUCAUCUCUGUAACUUUGCAAUGUUUGAUUUAAAACAUCAAUAGUAAUUAGUAUGAAUCAGAUGUUUUUAGGAGUAUAUGUUGGCUAAAAUGAUGAUAUUAUGGCUACUUAGUAAGAAUAACAUGUUAAAGUAAACUAUAGCAAUAUUUAUCUAACUCCAAAGGUGCUUUUAAUGUGCUUAUUUUUCUGAGUUACUUUUACCUUAAUGAGUUACAAGCAUUUAAAAAAUAUCUAAGUUCAGCUAUCAUUGCCUUAGUUCCAGGCAUGUCCAAUUGCUGUCAAGACUUUGGUGUAAAUAAACAGAUACAUUGUAUACUGCAAUGCUAAUUAGUGUGACAUUCUUUGAUCUGUUUUUUAUUAGAGCUGUUAUCUCAAGGAUCGGAUCCCUGCCUUGCAGUCCAAACAUUCUGCAGGAGUUUAAAAAGAAAGCAGAGAUGGUUUAUGGAAAACCCGAGACGUGGACCUCCUAUAUUUUACAAGAUAUUGGGUACAUUGCAGGUAAGGCAAAUAAAUGGCGGAUUUCCCAGAGUUGGAUUGCCAUCCCAGAUACUCCUAGAUGUAAUUAAUACAAGCUCCUCUAAUACAAGGCAGGGUUCUUCCAUGCCUAUGAGACAUUUGAACCACUAACCCAGAUAUGCAUAUAACCUGUAUUUAUAUGUACAGAGAAAUGGGGAUGUUACCCACCCUGAAAUGUUGAUCUUUCUUAACAAAAAGAUGGAUCUAAUUUCUGAAAAUGUGGAAGUACAGAAUUAAGAGAUCAUUAUAUAUUGUAGUGUUAAGACCCCCGUUUAGUGGAACGAAGGGGCCUUUAGUGAACCAUGCAAAACAGCUACAGACCAGUAUUCUACCUUCUUCAACAGUUUGCACUACGCAGUCAGCUAGACUAGUUUAUUGAGCUGCCUUAUAAUGAACUGUUGUACAUCACCAUAAAAGAACCCAUAUACCCACUGUACCAGAGUUCAAUGUUGGCUUUUUAACCGUUUUUUUAUUUGCUUGUAUGUUAUUGAGAGCUUAUCGUGUGUUGCGGCAUAGACAGUUCAUGAGUUGACAAUAUGACCCUAGAAGUAGUUUGGACCUUGUUAGUGAAUAUCGCAACUGAGGAUUGAUAUGUUUUAUUCAUUGAGUGCAUCAGUACUCGGAGAUACAUUCUUUAAACUUGGUUUAUUAUGGUUUUAUAUAGUUUAUUAAUUUUCUUUGAGUUGUGGUAGUUCUUAUAAAUAUUCAAUUCAAAAUGGCACACGAACAUCAGAUUGCGGACUGAUCUAGUAGGACACAAAUGUGGUGCAUCCAAUGCCUUUGUUAUGUUAAAAGUCACUGAGCUUUGCUGUACAGAUAAUUCUGUGCCAAUUGUCUGGCUCAGGGGUGCCCACAUACCAUGUCACCAUGUAGGUUGUGUACUAUAAUACUUUCCUAAACACUAGCACAAUAAACUCAUUUAAGGAGGCUUGGUUUGUGCAUUCACAUAGGCUAUUGAGAAAAACAAUUAAGUAGAAAAAUAGGUUUUCAUUAUGGGUGCUUUACAUUGCCAAUUGCUUCUUAUCGUCUUUAAAUUCUUCUUUGUAGACAAAUAUCCUGAUGACGCUGACAUUGACUAAAGUAUCCUUUUCAUAUAAUUCUCUUUUUUAGCUGGUUUAAACAAAGAAGAAUUCAAAUUGCUUCAACCAGAGCUAAUGCCUUACAUUCAACCUGCUGUGAUUAAAUAUAUACUCGACGACACGUUUAAGGUAAUGGUUUGGAAAUCGUGCUUUAUUUAUGUUUAAUGACUGUGGUCCUUCAAGGGAACAUUUAAAGCUCACUCCUUCUGAGAGUAACUGAAGCUCUAGAAAUAAAGAAGACAGAAUGUGUGUUUCUCUACUACAGAAACAAAACUGCACACUUCAAAGGGAUUAGACAUGCUUUCCUCAAAGUGGGCCUUAGAGUUUGGUGCCCCUCUAGAACAGUCCUUGCACUGAGCCCUACUGAAAUGCUAUUGCAUGGGUUAUACGCCAUUUCUUUUAUUAGAGCACUGCUGCACUAUUUAUAGACAACCUAGUGUUUUGUUCCUCAUACCUCCCAGGUGACCCUGUUUAGGAGGAACAGUCUGUAUUGGUCUGGAGUGGGAUGUUUAUGGUGUAGUGUGAGAGUGUGUACAGGGACAGUUUGUCAUAAGUAUGUACAUGUGGAAGGAGCUGAUCAUAGAGUAGUGUGUGUGUGUGUGUGUGUGUGUGUGUGUGUGUGUGUAUGAGACUAGGUCCUGUUUGUUCUGUGUGUAUGUAAAUGUGUGGAUAGAGACUGUGCAUAAUGUAUGUGAGGUAUGUGGAGGUCUGUUUGUAUUGUGUGUGUGUUUUGUGUGUGUGUGACUAGGUUCUAAUUGUUUUGUAUGUGUGUGAAUGUGUGGAUAAAGGGUGUACAUAAUGUAUGUGUGUGUGUGUGUGUGUGGGUAUAGUAUUCAGCUAAUUAUUUCUGAUUUAUAAAAUUGCUGACAAUCUUCGCUAACCUAAUUAAUUCCUGAAGGUGAUGUCGCCAGAACAAAUUGCUAGCCUUGGACCAGAGAAUAGUAUCAUGGUUACGGAUUCACAACGUGCCAAACUUGAUACCACACAACUGCAGAGCCUUGAUCAGGCACUAGAUGGCGUCAGAGCAACCAGCAAAGACAAAGAAUCCACCACAUCCCCAAGCUCUACCAUAGUAUUCACCUCCUCCCCUGUCUCAGAGAGUAAGUAG